GGAGGAAAGAGGAGAAGGUUGAUAUGAUAUUCACGUCCAAGGGAGACCUCACUGGGACGGGACAGGUAACGCAAACCACACACCGGCGGGGCUUUACUGUCAAGGUAACUUACAUGCCUGCAGCCUUUUUUUAUUGCCACAAUACCUUGUUUGGAAUAACGUUAGGACGCGGACGAGUCCUAGUAGUGUUUAUGUGGGAGCUGUCAGCCAACCAGCGGAGGGGCUUGGUCGGGUUUUGACAGCCAUGGAGCGGACUAGCAACUGCACUGCAGCCAGCGUUAGCUCAGCUGUCAACGCAGAUGCAGAAAAAUAUCACCGGUGUUUGUGAAUGACACGGCGGAGACGACGUUUCAAAUUCACAUAUAUGGUUGUUUUUGACCUAAUUCGAAAUAUUAGCACCCACAAGCGAACAUAGUGAGCUAACCGCCGUCACAUUUUGGUAAACAUGUAGGUGCUGUUAAAUGUUGACAGAUGCUUUAAAGUGAGAGGGCAGAUAGCUCGGUCGGACUGAGGCGUUAGUUGUGAAUUAAUUAUAUGUUGCUGUCGACUUAAUUCACUGAAUUAUACAUCCAAUUGAGAAAUAUACAGUAUUUAAGUAUUCUUAAAUGGAGGAACAGGCUUUUGAGGUGUAGUAUUUUGACCAGCACUCAUCCAUGCAUCCAUUGUUGUCCUGACAACAGCAGCCAAAACGUCCUCCAGCUCAUUCUGUAUUACUUUCCAAAAGAAAUGUAACACCACCAAACCUGUCUGAGGUCAGCCUGAGGGGUCUACACACCCAGCAACUCACAGGAGACAGCGGGUUAAAGGUCAUCCAGGUGACAGAACUACCUUGACUGGCUUAAGUCAAAGUGAUUUAGGAGGGCGAGGGUCCUCUCAAAUAGCUGAACUUCUUCCAGCAGGUGAAGGUUGAGGGCAACCGUCCUGCAGUAAACACACAGUAUGAUCUUGUUGUCACCAAAUAAACCUGUUCAUGAGGAUUCAUUUAAAUUUAAAAUCUUUGAACCUUGUAAAAAAAAAAAAGAAAAAUUUGGCAAAUUUUGAGAUUUUUGCUCAAGCUAAAAAUAAUCAGAUAUUAUUAGAUAGGCUCCAGAUUGUUUUUUCUUCUUUUUUUAUUUUAUUUUAUUGGUUGAAUCGCCAUUUCUUGCACUCAAAAUCAAAAUGAUCAUUUUUAAAAUUCCCUGUCUUGGUCACACCCUUAUGUAUAUUUUUUAAAAUGUGCCGUUUCAGAUCCACAUGUCUGCUAAAAAAGUGACCCAGUUUCAGUCAGCAUUUCCUCCUUCCCAACAUUGACAUUUAAUUUUUUUUGAAAUCACACAGGAUGUUGCGUGCAUUCAAAGCCAGUCACUGAUCCUGAUCUUCUGCGUUUAAUUUAGUCUCAAGUCUGACACAUGAGCCCUUUAUGUUUUUAUUUCUAUUUAAUAGCUUACUGGGAAGUUGCUGGUCCUGACUUGUCAUCUGUAAUUAAUAACAAGUAAUACAAUAUGUUUUAUGUCUGUGUAUAUUUAUAGAUAGUCUAAAAAGACUGGCCUGUCAUGAGAGCUGGAUAGAGUGGGAAUCUAGCUGAGCGAGAAGAAAAACAGAGUCCCAAACUGACAAACUUGCCCUGGACGUUAAUUUCCCGCAAUUUCAGACUAACAUUUUUAGUGGUUGCUCGCUGGUGGUUGUCUGACUGAAGAGCUCAUUACUAUAUCAAUGCUUGCUGUUAUUUUUGGCCAAGGUGGAAACCAUAUAGCCCCACUGGCCUCAGGCAAGGCAAGACGGAUGAGGCUCUGUGACUGUGGAGUCUGGUCAUAGUGGCAUGCUCAUGUCUGUAACUAGCAUUCUCUCACUCCUCUGACAUUUUGUGCUUUUCUUGUACAGGUUUACAAUUAUAAACUAUUUUAAGACAUGACCCUGGUGGACUGAACUUUGCAUCCUACAUCUGCUUGAACCAGUUAGUUUAACCUGGUGAUUUGUUGUUGUUGUUGUUGAAAACUCUAACAGAGUUUUUUAGUCACGGAAUUGUUCUGCUGAAAUGACAUUCCCAGUGAUAUUUCAUUUUUAAUUUAUUUCUAUAUUUGUCAUGAUGGAAACUGAUCUACUCUCUAACACGGCUUAUGUGAAUGGGAUUUUAUUAAUGCUGCGUUUGAGUUACCUCAGAAGUCAGAUGUCGGAGCUGAAAAUGACGUCACACCUGAGCUACCAGUGUUUCAGUUACCAAGUCAGAAAAAAGUGUUUGCCUUGUCCGAGUAUAAGGCAAGCGCUAAAAUAAUGCUGCGUUCGAGUUACCUCGGAAGUCAGAAGUCCAAGCUGAAAAUGGCGUCACAACUGGGUUACCAAUGUUUCAGUAACCAAGUCGGAAAAAAGCUAAAUCAGAGGCCCGAAACAAAAUGGCUACAUCUCUGAGAGUUAUUUUAGCACUUGCCUAGUCUGAAUAUAUGUAAAAUAACUUUUGUAGAUGUAGCCAUUUUGUUUCCGCCUCCGAUUUUGCUUUUUUGCAUCUUGGUAACUGAAACACAGGUAACUCGGUUGUGACGUAAUUUUCAGCUUGGACUUCUGACUUCCGAGCGAACUCGAACGCAGCAUAAUGCCAUAGAAAUAACAUAAAUCUUCACCGUGGCAACUUGACACUCUCAAUUGGAUAUAAAUUAAUAUAAUUGGAUAUAAAUAAAAUAAAUUGGUCCCCAAAAGGUGGCAGCAAGCUUUGAAUAAGAGACCUUUAACUUAUAGACGACAGUGCUUAUGCCGCGUUCGAGUUACCUCAGAAAGUAGAUGUCCGAGCUGGGAAUGAUGUCACACCCGAGUUACCAGCGUUUCAGUUACCAAGUCGGAAAAAAAGCAAGAUCUGAGGUGGAAACAAGAUGGCUGCAUCUACAAAAAGUUAUUUUAGCGCUUGUUAUUUUAGUUAUUUUAAGUUAUUUUAGCAUCCCCUUUCGUAGAUGUAGCCAUCUUGUUUCCGCCUCAGAUUUAGCUUUUUACCGACUUGGUAACUGAAACGCUGGUAACUCGGGUGUAACGUCAUUCUCAGCUCGGACAUCUAGUUUCCGAGAUAACUUGAAUGCAGCAUUACAGUGUAAGAUUCUAUGAGAAGUUUUGUUGUUAUUUUCACAGUAAAGAAUUUGUAAUUUGGAGAUUUACCUUGAUUGUAAGAGGACAGGACAGUGGAUAGAGCAACAAAUGGGUAGAGAACAGGGAACACUUGGACUGCCAGGCCAGCAAGUUUUUAUCGUAAUCACAAUUUCAGCCUUCCUUCUAUCAAAAACCUUGAUUUACGGCAAAUACAGACAUUUACAGUGCAUUCUCAGCCCCCAGAAAACUCUGUGGUCGUUGGUUGAAAAUAAUGUACCAAAAAUAAAUUACACCUACCCUAUUGGAUUUACAGUAGGUUAUAUAUUAUCUUCUCUAUGUGUAUUCUACAACUGGUAUUAGUGUUCCAUUGUUUUCUAUCCACAUACACACAUACUCAGGUGUGUGUCGGCAAAGCAGAGGGACAGGUUAUGAAAAACACAGGGAGGGCAGCAGCAAUAUAUCUACCUCCACCAGAAGCUGAAUAUAUAGGAGUUGUUGCUUCUCAAUAACAAAGAGGUGAUGAAACCUAAGAGCCGAACAAGCUUGCUUUGUGUAAGUGCCGAAUAAAUACUCAACGGUUGCUCAUAGACACCUUGUAAUGCUUAUUUAUCUGGUGGUAAAGCCCAUUAAAUGCUGUUGUUACAGAUAUAUACCCUGUUACUCCGGUGCUCUCUACUCUAGUGCCAGCUAAACCACUUUCAACCUAAAUGCUGGUAACAUCCUGUUUUAACCUGCUCUGCUGCUGUGUACUGUUUGAGUCUACAGCUGACAGCGCUGUCAGCAGCUGACAGUAGAGAAGCUCAGUGAUGCACCAGGAAUUUAUCACCUUAUAUGAACAGGAUGCACUCGUUUUUGACUGUGUGCAAAUGUUUCAUAACACAAGUGUGCAGAAACGGCAUUUACACGUGAGUCAUAGAUAACACAGAAGACUUAUUAAGGAUGCUGCAGGAGUCUAGUGCUGUACAGUUUUACCUUUAAUGGGGGUUCGGCUACAUCAGUAAAGAGACACUUUUGUGUGUUUUAAGAGAAGAAAUGAAAAAAAUCAAACAGAUUAGUGACAACUACAGUGUAACCGAUACCAAGAAGCUGUAUGAAACAUCAGGUAAACUGGAAUUUGAUCCAAUCCAAUCCAAUCCAAUCCAAUCCAAACCCUUUAAUUAUAUAGAACAUUUAAAAAAACUUUAAAGUUUACCAAAGUGCGGCACAAUAAAAUUGAAUGAAUAAAAAAAAAUUGACUGAUGAAUGAAGUGUAGAAUGAGUGUUAUGUAAGGGUAAUGUCUGUAAGUAUAUGUCUAAGUUUAAAAUGAAAAUGGAAAAGAAGAUAAGGACCCCAGGAAGAGCAGUCACUGCAUAUUUUGUCGUAACUGAUGGUGGAUCCAAAAUAAACAAUAAAACAAAAUAAAAAAUAAAGUAAAAACGAAACGGACACUGCAGAAAUUAAUCCAAAGGAAAUAAAUAAAAACAGGUAAAAAAAAACAAAAAAACAUUUAAAAUGAAAUAAAAUAAAUGAAAUAAAAACACAAAAUAAAAGGAAUAAAAGUGAUAAAAGGACCAUAAAAGACAUAAAACGACAGAGAUCACACAACUCUCAUGCUGAGCUAAAAGCCAAGGAAUAAAAAUGAGUUUGAAAACAUGAUUUAAAAGUAGAAAGAGUGGGGGAUGUUUUAAUCUCGAGUGGAAAUUUGUUCCACAGUUUGGGAGCCAUAGUCGAGAAAGCUCAUUUGCCAUGAGGAGCUAUUUAAGAGGUCAGAGAUGUACCAUUUAAAGAUUUAAAAACAAACAAUAAAAUUUUAAAAUGAACUUGAAAAUGAACGGGAAGCCAAUGGAGGAACUCCAGAAUAGCAGGGAUGUGGUCAUGUUUUCGUUUACCUGUUAAAAGACGAGCAGUAGCAUUUUGAUGUUUUUAUCCUCGACUUGACGAGGAACUAAAGAAAUCUCUGUUGUUACUUGCAAUAUAGACUGUAUGAGACGUACAGCGAAGGUGGAGUGAUUAGAUGAUAGCAUAGAGCAAACUGACCCAUUUCUGUGGUACCCACCGGACCUAUGCCACUAGCCUGGAUGUAUUUUAUGUUGGAAAGGUGCCAACACUGGAGGAGAAACCUGACACUCUUGCAGUGAAUUUUCUUGGCAGGGAAGGCAUCAGAACAGGGGUUUUUGGCUGCAAAUGUUGCUUCUAAGUGAGUCAUCUCAUAAUUAAGUGUGAGGGAAUGGAACCUGUGAAUUGAAUCAUCUGCAAAUAAACAGGGUUUGUUGCUUUAUUGAUGAUGGUUCUCUCUGUUUUUUUGUUUUUUUUUCAGGUGGACAUGAAAGUGUAGAUAUAAUGCUCAGACAUGGUGCCCUGUCAGACCCAUGUGUUGCUGAAGUGGCAGGAGCACUUUAACAGCUCCUGGGCUUCAGAGGACAGUGUACGGACAGCCAGGAGGGAUGGAGCUGCAGAGCUCUACGAAAAGCUCCUUCACAACAAGGAGGUGGUGACUCUCGCUCAACCUGUUCAAGAGCUCGUCGGCCCACGCCUGCCAGACUUUGAGUGCGAGUCCAGUGCCUCAGCGGAGAAGGAAGAGUACCUGUCAUCCCUGCUUCACAGUCAGCGAUGGCUCACUCACCGCAUGCUGACGCAAACCUCCUACACCCUCGGCCUCCACCACAGGCUGGUGGUCCUCCAGAGGAUCUACUACGCGCUCCAUAGCAAAUACCAUGACAAGUUCAGGGUGCAGCUGCCCUCCCAGUCCACAGACAGCGGGACUGAAUGUGGACAACUUGAGCUGGCCUCAGAGCCCUGCCUGCCAGGGGCUGCAUCCAAAGUCAAAUCUGGUACAGAUGUUCUGAUAGAAAUGGGUGUGAGGACAGGUUUGAGUCUGCUCUUCUCGUUACUGCAGCAGAACUGGAGAUACGCGGCCUCUGUGCAUCCGGAAUCGGUGCUUUGCAAUGAUGUGCUAGCAACAGCGUCGUCUGUCCUAGCCUCUCUGCCGCCUCUCUCCCUGGCCAACGAGAACAAAAUUCCGUCUGUUGGACUGGAUUGCCUGGCACAGGUGGCUGACUUCCUGAAGAAGACAUCAGUAAGCAGUGGGGCCGGUGGAGCAGACCCGACUGGACGGAGGUUAGCGCUGGAGCUGCUCCUCGGCUUGGCCAUGCAAAGAGGCUCUCUGAAGUUUCUGCUGGAGUGGGUGGAGGUUGCCUUGGCUGCUUCCAUGUCCUCAUCCACCUCUACACUGUCUUCCUCCUCCUCCUCCUCACUGAGCUCUCAGCAGUCAGCCGGUGUGGGCUUUGAUGUAAUCCAUCAAACCCUUCUACAAAUGAGGCAAUAUUCGGUACAAAAUGUGUUCUUCACACUUGCUUUUAUCAUUUUUCUGUUCCAGCAUGGGUUAGAGAUCAGCUCUUUUCAGACUUGAUGCAUGGCUGGCUGUGCUGAGCGGCUUGUUAUCAUGAGCCAAAUCAAAGACUUACUGUAUGUCCUUAGCUUAACUUGAAAUAUCUUGACAUUAGAUUUAUAUUUGGACCUGUCAUGUCAUUGUGGCUUGUGCAACUAGUGUAAAAAGAUAUUUUGACCAGAAAUGGGACUAAUUUAUGCGGUAAAAUUUAAUUAAUUUCGCAGAGUAGACAUCGUCCAUUUUGCUGAAUGCAGUUGUAUGUUUUUUAGCAAGUUUUUGACUCACUGAUGAUACUUAAAGGGAUAUUCCGGCGUAAAAUUAAGUUAGGGUCAAACACACUGAACAUCGAGUAGACACCCCCCCAAAAGAUGAAUGUUACCAACCGCUUGCUUCUCUAGUUAUACCAACUUUAGUAAUGACCGCACGAUAGCAAUACACAGCGGUUUGAGGAGCCAUAAACAAACCUCAACCAAAACACCACUCUAUAGCCACAAAUAAUGCUCAGAACAGCACCUAACUUCAUCAACAGGACAUAUAGGGUCCCAGCAACAGCACUAGCCACUAAACAUCUUUUUCACUUUGCCUGAUUUCUUUAGAAAAGAGACUAAACACAACUCACCUUCUCUCCUCCAGCAGCCGCUUGUUUGUAGGCAGAGCUCGGGAAUGUCUGCAGUGUAAAAUGAUCAACAUGGUGAUUAUAACUUCAAGGAUAUGAUAAAGUAAUGAUCAUAAAUGUUCUUCCUUGAGCUGUGUCACCCCGCUGUAGUCAGUAAUGGACUGGUUGAGGUCUUGCUACAAACAAGCGGCAGCUGGAAGAGAGUGGGUGAGUUGUGUUUAGUCUCUUUGCUAAAGAAAUUAUUAGGCAAAGCUAAAAACAUGUUUGGAGGCUCGUGCUGUGGCUUGGACCCCAUAUGUACUGUUGAUAAAGUUAGGUGCUGUUCUGAGCAUUAGUUGUGGCUAUAGAGUGGCGUUUUGGUUGAGGUUUGUUUAUGGCUCCUCCAACCGCUGUGUAUUGCUAUCCUGCGGUCGUUACUAAUGUUGGUAUAACUAGAGAUGCAAGCGAUCGGCAACAUUCAUCUUUGAGGGGCAGUCUAACUCUGUGUUAUGGUGUGUUUGACCCUAAAUUAAUUUUACGCUGAAAUAUCCCUUUAAGUAAAAGUAUAGGUUUUAAAAAACUGCUGUUAGUGGACACAGGCCCUUAUUAAACCACCUCUUAGGUAUUAUGGUGUGACAUCAAAUUUCCCCCUGCUCAAACACCCCACCUCUGAUGGUUAAGAAAAUUCUAUUCUUCUCGAGAAAGAACUUGUGCUGCGUUCAUAGUACAUUCCUUUGGCAGCAUUGGUUACUUUAUAAAUAAUGUGAGGUAACUUACAUAAAACAUGUAUGAACACUCUGAUGAAUGAGGCCCAUUGUCUGCAGAGCAGGAAAAUGGCUCUUUGCUGCAGGCUGUCCUUAUUUGUACGGGCUCAUUUAGAGCUCAGAGUGACGCUUUUGUGUGCAGACUAGGAUUAUGAUUGAGUCAGUCUUCUUGCACUCUCUUGAUAUGCAUAUUGAGUCAUCCUUCAGCAGGCUAAUCAGCUCUGCAAUAUUUCUGGAGAGUUUACAACCAGAGAUGUGUGUAUUGCCAAAAACGUCACGAUUGAUGUUGCCUGUUGACCGCAUCCCACAUAUGAUUAACAGGUCUGUAAUAGCCCUAGAAAGCAGGCAAUGUCCACACUACUUUGAGUAUGAUCUCUACCGGUUAGCCUUUUAUCACUUCUACUAGAGCAUGUAGAUAAAUGUUGCUGUUCUGGGGAGAAAGCUGUUUUCAUGGUUUCAUCACAAUAAAACUUGUCAGGACACACUCAUACAGUGAUUGAUGCUGGUUCUACUAAAAGCAGACACUGUUGUAAGCUUCCUCCUUUCUUCCAGGGUUUCCGUGGGGAUCCCGUCAACACUCAGGUGCUAAAAAAGGAUGCUGAUGGGCUUUGUCGUCUCUCUCAGGCUGCUCUCUGCCUGUUUGAGGAGGUAGGAGAAAUUUCAGUCACAGAGUUCAACAUUAAGCCCUGUUGAGAACUUGUCGUCUUUACAGUAACUGACUGAACGGACCUCAUUCUCCUCUUUUUGACAGAUUUGUAACCUAGCAUCCUACUGUCUGUGCUCGUGCAGCACGGAUGCAGCUUCUCCGGGUACAGAUAGUGACACAGUGAUGGUGUAUGUGUGGGGCAGCAACAGCAGCCACCAGCUGGCAGAGGGAACUCUGGAGAAGAUCCUGCUGCCAAAGCUGACUCAGGGCUUCAGUGACGCCCAAAUGGUAUAAACAACCAUGAAGACGGGACCGAAAUCUCUCCACACAUUCACUAACUUUUCAACUUUAUUUUUUAGAGAAUUCAUUUUAGAAAAAAAGCUCUAUAAAAAGACUUAAAUUUCAAAUGUUUUCCCUCUUUAGAUUGAAGCAGGCCAGUACUGCACCUUCUCAGUGUCUGCAGAUGGUUCUGUGAAAGCAUGUGGAAAAGGCAGCUAUGGUCGUCUGGGCUUGGGAGACUCCAAUAAUCAGUCCAUGCCCAAAAAACUCGUCCUGGAGCCACACAGGAACAUGAAGAAAGUGUCCUCUUCUAAGGGCUCUGAUGGCCACACUUUGGCUAUCACCAUAGAGGGAGAGGUAAGAGAAAGAAAAAUACUGGUACAAAUAUCAGAGGUUUUCUGAGUGUCAUAUUAGAGAUAACCUAUCAGAUCAAAUCAAUUCAUGGGGAGACUCUGACACUUUUCACUUUUUGUUGAUAGUUUUGGCAAAAAAAGGUACAAAGCAUAGGUGUCUUUGUCACCGUUUAUUCAUGUCACUUUAUCCUGUUUAAACAUAAUUUAAAGGGAUAUUCCGGCGUAAAAUUAAUUUAGGGUCAAACACACCGUAACACCGAGUUAGACCCUAAAGUUGGUAUAACUAGAGAUGCAAGCAGUUGGCAACAUUUAUCUCUCAAGGAGGUGUCUAACUCGGUGUUACGGUGUGUUUGACCCUAACUUAAUUUUACGCCAGAAUAUCCCUUUAAAUCAAAACUAGUGUCUGUGCGACUUCUACCUUUUUUAGGAGUCUGUUUAAGUUAGUUCAAACUGAUCACUUUCAUCACAAAGAUUUCGUGAAUAAUACAAAACUAAUCUACAGUCAGCCAUUUUGUUUUACUUUUCCUUUAAUUGAUGUUAAAAUGUUCGAUUAUUCACCUCCAGGUGUUUAGCUGGGGUGAUGGAGAAUAUGGGAAACUGGGCCAUGGUAACAGUGCAACACAGAAAUACCCCAAAAUCAUACAAGGACCACUGCUGGGCAAGGUGAGCAGAAAACACUGUUAGUUCCUGCAGCGUUAUGAAAAGAAUCUGUUUUGUGUUUGGAAAGCUUACAUUUGACAUAUUGUGGUUUCUCUGCCAGGUGGUUGUUUGUGUGUCUGCUGGUUACAGACACAGUGCUGCUGUGACUAAUGAUGGGGAGCUUUAUACGUGGGGAGAGGGAGACUUUGGCAGACUCGGUACAUGCUUCAUUUCUCAACUCGCUUGUGCUAUUUUGUCUCAAAAAAUCUGAGCGAGAACUCUCUCCUGGUAUGAAAGAAACCACAACUGGUGUCCUUUUUUGUGUGUGUCCCGAUCAGGUCACAGUGACAGUCAGAGUCGGAACGUGCCCACACUGGUGAAGGACGUCAGCGGUGUGGGUCAGGUGGCCUGUGGCAGCUCUCACACCAUAGCUGUGGCGCAGGAUGGACGCACUGUGUGGUCCUUCGGGGGAGGGGACAAUGGUAUGUUUGGUAUUUUCGCUUCUCAAGGAAAUUAUCACAGUAGUGUCACUUUUGGUCGAUCAUUGCAGGGAUAUCUUGGGUAAGUGUGAGCUAAUACUAAUACCUACAUGGGUAUGACUCAUCCUUGCAGGCAAACUAGGUCAUGGAGACACCAACCGUGUGUAUCGCCCAAAAGUCAUCGAGGCUCUGCACGGAUUUAUUAUCAGAAAAGUGUGUGCUGGCAGUCAGUCGUCUCUGGCUCUUACCUCUGCAGGACAGGUGAGAUGACCCAUAUUUAGUCAGAUGUGUGUUUCUUAACAGACCCAGGUUUUUUUUUUACUGUGGAUACACUUAAGCCUAAAAGGUGUGGUAGGCAGGAUCUGAGGAAGUGCCAGUUUUGGGGAGAAAUCUUGAAUGUAAACUCUACCCCUCCCAACCAGUUUUUCCCCUCCGUCUCUGCUCCAGCAAGCCCCGCCCACAAACAGACACUCCUGCUCGCUCGUAUCGUUUCAAUUAAAUUUAGAUAUAAUGCAGAGAAAUACUUCAGAUCAUUACAAAUGUGGCCCAGUCAACGUGAAAGUAAAAAGCAUUGGUGCUACUGUAGAUGCCAACAGACUACCAGCAAACACAAUGUUUGCAGGACUUCUACAACUAGGAUUAAGUGACAUAGUCCAGGACCCGGGGUCAACAGUUUAGCGGCGCUACAUCACGCAGUAGGUCCCAUUUGACAAGAAACACUUCUGUUACACUUGGCUUACUUUGUUAAAGCGGUUUACCUGUCCAGCAGCAAGGUUACAGGGUCCGUAAGAUCCCGAAGUGUCCCCCAUCACUGUUGACCCGGCUUUUAAGCUCUUGUCCGGGUGGUCUACCUUCUUUUUAAGCGCCCACUAUUCCGCCAGAGUCUCUGGUAUUUAGUUCGUUUUCUUGCUUGUGUUGGCAGUCGUGGCUAAAGGAAGAUUCAGACAAUUUUCUGUACUUUUUGGUUGGUUUCUACUGUCUGACAUUGUAGCACGCUAACUUUGUUUGGGCUCCUGAACGACACGGGGGAGCAGCAACCAAUCAGCACUAAGGAGCAGCGUCCGCCUCACAACCAAUCAGGUUGGGGGAAGUGGGGAAUGACUUUGUUUACAGUCAGAAAGAGCGGAGCGCUCUGAAAGUCUUAAAUGUUGACCACACAGACAUAACAUAACGAUAUCAUUGUAUUACCAAAUGUCAUCAAUGACUUAUAGCUAUUGACUGAUAUUAAAAGCUCUUUUGUAUAUACACCACAAAAAAAGAUGCUUUUUUAACAGAUUGCUGUCUACCCCACCUUUAACCCCGCAGAGCUAAGAAAAAGGUGAAGUGUAAAAAUGACUGACAAACUUUUUACUCACUCUUUCAAAAUUUUAAAUCAAUUUAUCUACUACACACCACCAUCACCCUAACAGCAUUGAUGCGUCAUUAAUUUUUGUCAACGUUUGAAGUCCAUAUUCUGUUUUUACAUUUGUCUCAAUAUUCGUAUGAUGUAAGAAGAAAAGGCAAAAUAAAGAUAAGACUAGAUAUUUAGUCCUGUUGUCAACUUCUGUUAUUUAUUUAUCUUAUUUUUUUAGGUGUUUGCAUGGGGCUGUGGCUCAUGUUUGGGUUGUGGCUCCUCUGAAACGACCUCCCUGAGACCCAGGUUUAUAGAGGACCUGAGUAUCACCAAAAUCAUUGAUAUCUCAUGCGGAGACAGUCACUGUCUGGCUCUGUCCCAUGGUAAGAAACUUUUGGUAUGCUGACCCAAGGUACCAAGGACGAGUUUAAAGCACCUGUUAAGAACUUUAGGUUUGUGUCAAUUUUGGCGCCCCCCUGUGGAUCUUGUCUCUGACAUGCUAAAGUGAUGAUUUUGCCAAAAUAUCUCAUCCUGCUGACUUUUGACAGUCAGUCAUCAAUUGUGUACACAGUAUUAUACAUGGAAAACUCUAAAAGCAGGACUGUUUCUACACCUUUCCUCAGAGAAUGAAGUGUACGCCUGGGGGAACAACACCAUGGGUCAGUGUGGACAGGGCCACACCUCAACACCAAUCACCAAACCCAAAAAAGUGCUCGGUUUAGAGGGGGUGUCCAUCCAGCAAAUCACUGCUGGCACCUCUCACAGCCUGGCUUGGACUGCGGUCCCAACAGACAGGUACAGUCUCAUAUUGUCUUGAAGAAUUCCACUUUUUAUUCCCAUAAAUCUCAUCCACAUUAAACUCACUGGGCAAAAACCUUUUCCUCCACACUGUAAAACAUAUUUGACAUCGCAGAAUAAAUCAGAGUGCCAGCUGUGUCUGGAAAGAUUUCAGAGUUCAGCACUGUUCUAUACUGCUUAUCUGGUGUUUUCUUCCCCCCUUCUGUCAAAUCUGUGGAUCUGUCUUUCUAGUUCUGACACAUUUGUGCUGACUCGGCUCUUUUUAAGUGACUUUGCAUUUUUUUUUUCUUCGAGGCAACUGGUGGCGUGGCACAGGCCCUUUUGUGUCGAUCUGGAGGAGAGCACAUUCACCUACCUGCGCAACUUCCUUGAGAGUUACUGCGAUGGCAUCGGGAAUGACACGCCUCCUGCUCCAUUCUUAUCUAAAAGGUACAUCAUUAAAGGAACAUUCUGUCAGUUUUAGGGGGUGAAGAUCAAAUUUAUUAUAAUCCGAUAUUAAAUCUUAGUUUUUAAAUACUGUUUUCAAUAUGGCAAAAUCUAUAACAAUACUGUUCUAUAAUAUUAAAUUGAAUAUACUGUGACCACAAUUAGUGCUUAUUUAAGCCGAUUCAAUAUAAUCACCAGCUGCGUUUAUAUUGGCUCAAAUAAUAGGAAUAAAUGCCCGAUCGGAAUAAAGAUGCAUCAUGUAAACAUGUCGAUCAGAAGAUUUUGAUCCCAUUUGGCUUAAUCGGAAAGAAAUUGUAUUCUGAUCGAGAGGGGUGGUUUAUGCCAGUCGUUGUUCCGAAAUGUGUCCAUGUAAACACUUAUUCCGAUCGUGACUCUCUUAUCUGACUCGAUCUUUACUCUUAACCGCAGAUGCCGUGUCUGCUCCUCUGGUAACAUAACAAGGCGUACAUAUAGCGUAAUGAUGUCACAUCUGCACGCACAGUGCAACCUUUGACAGACCAGUAGAAUAAGUACGCAAGGGCGCCAUCUAGUGAUAAUAUUUAACAGGGGGAAAACUCUUCUGAAGUUGUUUUAGCGAAAUCUUACAACUCUGCACAUGUCCAAAUGCUUCUAAUCAGAAUAAAGCUUGGUGCAUGCAUACGCACAUCAUGUUCAGAUUAUUUUAUUUUGCACCCAUAAAAACAGUGGAUUCAGAUGGCUAACAUGGCUAAUUUUCUUUCCUGCAAAUCACUUGAUGACUAAAUAUGAAAUAAAAAGUGUUUCCUCACUCUUACACAGUGCCUGGGAGUGCAGCUCAAGUAUAUCUUUUUGCAGCCUAAAUAAAAUAGCUGACCGGUUUGACAUUUUUACUUCCUCCAUCAUCUGUUAUCAGCAAUUUCGACAGCCCACUUGUCAGCUCUCUGCAUCUGCUAACCUGCAGCACAUGACACACGCUCUGCUGGUGAGACAGAGAUCCUGUAGUGCAUCCUGCCUGUUAAUGCAUUGAUCGUGGAGUUUUCUCAACCACUGUUGCAAAACGCUCAGUCAGGAUGACGGGAUAUGAAGUGAAUGAUUAUGAAAGGUGACUUGUGUUAUUAGGGUGUCUUUAUAAAAAGUGUUGUUGGUGAUCAGACAGGGAGGAGGUCGUGAGAGGGGACAUGCUUCUGUCUGUAUAAUGAUAGUAAAGCUGCAGUAGACACACAGACUUCCACAGAAUUCAUUUCCCUUCUUUUUGUCUUUCUGUAUUCGUAUGUCUCAGGGACCACCAUCAGUUCCUGUUACUGUGCAUGAAGCUGCUUUCCAUCCACUUGUCUUUGGCCCAUGCUGGAGGCACGGGGGCUAUGGUUUUAGGGGCUCAGGGAAGACCCCUCAGAAACCUGCUCUUCAGACUCAUAGAUACAAAUAUGCCAGACUCCAUACAGCAGGUAAGGUUAUAGUCUUGUCUUUUUGUAAUUCUGUUCCUGUGAUAAGAUUUGGCUGGAGGCAUUUGAGGUAACUUGGCAAGACAAUAGUGAUUGUUUGCGAGUAAAUGAAGUGGGUGUUGGGUUGUUAAAGCUCUAUUUCUAUACUGCGUUCUAUUUACUCCAUGCUAAUCCCUAUCUUUUGACAUUAUAAUGACAUUUCUGCCCACCCUCAGGCGGUUCUAAACACUCUAUCCAUCGGCUCGUCCCUGCUGCUGCCUCCACUCAGAGAAAGGACAGAACUGCUGCUCUCCCUCCUUCCUCAGGGCCCUCAGAGCUUAAAUGUCCUCUCCAAAGGACAGGUAUGUAGACCUCAUUAUGAUGGAUAUUUUUAGAUCAGUAUUGCUGGGUAUCCUUUGAUAAAGUAAAAGUGCUUUUAUGUAAUAAUAAGUGAACUGUAAGUAAUGUGUUUUUCAAAGGAGAUGUUGGUGUAAACAAAGGACACACUUUGAUGAUCACAUUUAGACUGCUAAUGAAGACCACAUAUUCUGCCUUUGCUGCUUACUGUCCUUAAUUAAACUGUGACUAUGAUUCUGAUAGUUGGCAGGAAAACAAACGGAUGGAUUUAGCCAACAAACACUGCAUUUGUCCAAACCAUAGCGCCAACUCCAAGCGUUGCUAGGCAAUAUGGGUUGAAGAUUUCUUGAAUGUUGUGAAAAUCUCUAGCUGUGAAGUAAUUAUUCCUCCUCAGCAGACUUUCUGUCAAUUUCACAUUGAAAUGAUGGAGCUCUCUCUUCUUUCCUGUGUCUUUUUAAAGCGUCUGCAGCUGGAGAUGGUCCUCAGCAGCCUUCAGGAUCAGAGCCAUGUAGCUUCUCUACUGGGUUAUAGCAAUUUUGGGGAGGUGACAGCCCUGGGACCCCCGCUGACUCCCGCCAUGUCUGCCCGGGCAGCCUCUACAUCCAGCUCUGUGGAGACAUAUGACCCUCUACAUUUAGCAGAAGUGCUGCUCAGGACUCUGCUCCUCAGCAUAGGCUUUUACACGGUAUGCAAGAGAAGAGCGUGUGCAAAUCUUGAUUUAUCUUAUGGUAUACUGCAGCACAUUGUUUUCUCUGGUUUAGCCUUUUUUUGUUCAAUUUAGUGCACAUACAUUAGUUAAAUUAGAGUUAAUUUCCUGGACCUUGAUAUGAUUUAUGUUUUUCCUCCAUGUGCAUGCAGGAGCGAGCUUUUGGGGAACUGGAGAAAAACAGUGACAAGCAGCUAUCAACAGAUAACCAAGGACAAUCUGACCCACCAUCCCACUUCCACCAGCUGUUGUCCGGACUUCACAAACACCUGCUCGCCCAUUGCUACAUCCAUUCCAGCACUGAGGUGCAAUACAGAAUCAACUCUUUCGUCCAAAAAUUGCAAUUUUUACAAAAGCAGAUUAGGGCCACACGUAGAGGAAAAAAAUAAUUACGGAAAUGAGAUUUAAGUCGAAGUUUCAAGAUUCAAGUCAAAUUUUGGAGACAAAAAAUCUUGAAAUUAUGUCAAAGUCAAAAUUUCGAGAUUAAAAAUUAAAAUUUGGACAUUAAAGUCGAAAUUUUGAGAUUAAAGCUGACAUGAAUAAAGUUGAACUUUCGUGAAUUAAAUCAAAAUUUCAAGAUUGAAGUCAAAAUUAAGAGAUUAAAGUCGACACAAAUAAAGACGAAAUUUCAUGAAUAAAGUCGUAAUGUUGAGAUUAAUGAUAACGACUCAACAGCAUUGUCGCUGGUCAUUCGACUACAUGUCCUCUGUAGAAAAGUUCCUAAGGCUGUACUUUAGAAUUGGAUUUAGUAACAAGGAAAUCUUUGCUCUUUUAGCACACAAACACAGUGUGGUCACGAGUAUUCGGACUAUAAAAAGCGGGCUAUACAGCAAGGCUAUGUUGUAUUGCAAGAUACAAUAAGACAACUGAUCAGGUUGAGUGAUCCAGAGGGCGUGGAGUACAGACGAGCCUGGUGUCUGAGGCGCAGGCAUUUCCGAAGCCGAGGACCCGAUGCACUCUGGCACAUGGCUGGCUAAGACAAAUUUAAGUCAUAUGGCAAUUCAUUUUGACUUUUUUAAAUUUUGACUUUAAUCUCAAAAUGGGAAUUAAAAAAAAUCUCCCUCCUGUAAUUAUUUUUUCUCUUCUUGUGGACCUAAUCCUCUUUUGUAAAUUUUCCAUAAAAGACUAGAAAGAUCUGAAUUUUUUUCUUCACCUGUACACAAUCACAGCCUCGUGUUUUCUCUGUAGUCAUAAAGUUGAGGUUCACAGUAUUCUUGUUACUCUCCAGGAUGACAGCAGUGUGAUGCUGCUCCGUGAGCAUCUCUACCUGCUGCUUCCCUGCGCUGCUGAGACACUCAGGAGAUCCACCAAACUGUUGAAGGAGAGCUCCCUGGAUAAACAAAUCAUCAAGAAGCUGCACAGUAAGAGCAAUAACAGUGCUGAUUGGCUCUUCGUAGAAAACAAAUGAAAACAAUUCCCCUCUCUGCUUGUUGAAAAUGUCCAUCUGUGUCUUUCAGUUAUUUUAAUGAGUCUCUCUGAUCCCUCUCACUCUCCUCAUCUCUUGUCCCAGGGGUGUUGUACAACUCAGUGGCUGGCAGCCUGCUUUGCCAGGUCAUGUACUCCUUGCUGCUGCUGCCACUGGCCACAGUUCAACCUCUCCUCAGCCAUUUACUGUCCUUGUUGGAGCAUCUCAAUGAUUUCAACAGGCUCCUGCCAGAAACAGGCCUCCUGGAGGAGCAAGAGCUGAAGACAGAGGCUCAGAAAACCUCUGGAGGUGGGAGGAGUUUUGAUCAACAAUCCUUUUAAGUUAAUAAUGAAAGUGGUGUUGCUUAAGUGACUAUUUGAAAUCUUUCUAACAGACAAAAGUGAAGAAAACACAUGCCUCAGUCAGCAGCAACAGGAGGAGGAGUGCAGGUGGGUUUGGCUGUUGGACCUGGAGCGGUCUGUAGCGUUGGCAGUCGGGCGUUGUCUCGGUGGUAUGCUGCAAGGUCCACCACCCUCACUUCAGGAGAAACUGUCUGAGUUCUGGCUAUCCAAUGUGCUCCUCAGGAACGGCCUGGAGAUGGACUACGAACAGUUGGGUAAGAAUACAGACCUCCUGCCCUCCAUACUUUUAUUUGUACUGGUGUUGACAACCACAUUUGGGGCAAAAUAUCUGUAGUCUUCCGGAUACAGUGUGUACUCUUUGAUCGAUCCUUUGUUGUUCUGUAGACUCCAGCAUGGCAUGGCUGACCGAGGUGGUACUAAUGGGCAAUAGGGAUGCCAGGCUGGCUGAACUCAGUCUGAAUGAAGAAACUAGAACUUUACUGGAAAUGGCUCUGGGAUCCUCCAGAGGGCCAGCAGGUGGCCUGUGGCAGAAGAUGGAGGAGUAUGCGCACAUUAAAGGUGUUUUUAAUCUCUGUUUAUAUUGCUUAUAUCGACAUCUUCGACUGUAUUUUGAAAAGAGAAAUACAGAAUAUAUUAGUGGCAGCUUAAGUGGACUUGACUUGCUUCAUAAUACAUCAUAGACUGUUUUUUUUUUUAAAUCUAGUCUCAGGGUUUUAUUAUUUUCUCUCUUGUCACUUGGUUUAAAUGUGCCAUGUUGUUUUGCUGGGAGCAGAGUGGGAAAGUGGAGGCUCUUCAGGAGACUGUUUGCUGCAGACUGUCUGUCGCUGCAGCCUGGCAGCUCUUCUGAAACACACUGGGCUGCAGAAUGAGGCCUGCUGGCAGGACAGGUCAGUAAUAUAAACUGUGAUAUUUCAUGGAACAUGAGGAUUCUUUUUGCAUUUUACUAUGAAACCUGUAAGAAAUCAGACUAAAGCACGAGUUUUAUGUGUGAAAAGAUCAUGUAGAAUUGGUGUGAUGUGAAUUAUACAUGACUGUUUUCAGGAUCUGUACUGCAGUGCAGAACAAAGCUAAUUAUUCUCUUUAUUUAUCCCCUCUUUGUUGAGACAGAUAUGAGCCCAGUGAGAUGCUGUUAGACCUCUAUGAGACAGUUUACAAAAUCAGAAGCACUCUGUUGGCCCAUAAAAACUCUCCAAGGAUGUCCCAGGUGCAGACUGCUGCCAAACAGGUACCAUUACUGAGAUGACUUCACUUUAUCUCCUCAUUAAAUACCCACGAUGCAGCUAUUUUGGACAGGGUUCACCCUUAAAGGACAUAAAAGACACUGAUUAAAGGGAUAUUCAGGGGUAAAAUUAAGUAAGGGUCAAACACACAGGAACACCGAGUUAUACACCCAGUCGAGAGAUGAAUGUUGCAGACCGCUUGCUUCUCUGGUUAUACCAACUUUAGUAACGACUGCACCAAAGCAAUAAACAGCAGUCUACGUCUCCAUGCGCACACCUCAACCAAAACGCCGCUCUAUAACCACAAAUAAUGCUCAGAAUAGCACCUAACUUCAUCAACAGUACAUAUAGGGUCCCAGCCACAGCACUAGCCACCAAACAUCUAUUUAGCUUUGCCUGAUUUUGCCUGCAGCGGGGUGCCGCAGCUCAAGGAAGAACAUUUAUGAUCAUUUCUUCAUGGAAAUGCAAACAGACCGAGCAAUAAGGCAGAAAAACUACGGCGUCUGCAGUGCAAAAUGAUUAAUAUGGUGAUUAUUACUUCAAGGAAAUGAUAAAGAAAUUAUCAUAAAUGUUCUUCCUUGAGCUGCGGCACCCCGCAGGAGUCCGUAAUGGACUUCCAAGCUCUGCCUACAAACAAGCGGCUGCUGGAGGAGAGUGGGUGAGUUGUAUUUAGUGUAUUGCUAUCGUGCGGUCGUUACUAAAGUUGGUAUAACUGGAGAAGCAAGCGGUCAGCAACAUCCAUCUCUCGAGGGGGUAGAACUCGGUGUUACUGUGUGUUUGACCCUAACUUAAUUUUACACCAGAAUAUCCCUUUAAAGGACAUUUAAGACACUGAUUAAGUACUCAAAUAUACAGCACCUCAUACAGAUAUAUGUAAUGACCUUGUUCUAUACAUCAGAAUAACUGUGCUCACCUGAGUUUAUAUUAAACUAUAAGCAGCAUUUCACACUUAGUAUUCAAGAGGCUAUUUAUCAUCAUCUCAUUAGAAAGAGCAUAAAUGAAUUCAAAUGAUUCAUAAAGGUGCAUUUCUCAUAUUUUCUGAAUUGCAGACUGCUCAGUCUCCCCAGAGUCCCGAUGCAGACCAACAAGAGCCGAGCACCUCUACAGAGCAGGCGGGGAAGGAUCACGAACAGCAGCCAAGAGGUCACUGCAGCCGGGAGGUGCAGGUGCCUCCAACUCCCACAGCAAACCACAACCAGGAGGAAGUCACAGAGGAGGACACUUUUGGCAACAGUCGUAUGUACUUGUCAGGUUAGAAGAGCGCAUCUGCAUUCCUGCCCCACUUCCAGCAGCUUGGAAAUCUCUGACAAAUUUCCACAACAUCACAACGUCUGUCCUGUCUCUGCAGAAGUCCUGGAAUCAUUCAUGGCCACCCGGGAGGCCAUGCAGGUCCAGCAGAGUGUGACGGUGUACGAGUCGUUUGGCACAUCCACCCUCCCCAGCAGCAUGGAGAGCCCGGUCAGCCCAGAGAGAGAGCUGGACCCAAAGCAGCAGUGGGAGAAACAGAGGGAAUCCGAGGAAAGCAUGUCUUUCCCUGCCGCCUGCCAUCUGGUAGUGUCUCGCUGUCUCUUCCUGCUGCUCGGGGUCCGGCCUGCAUGGGUGGAACCAAGUGAAAGGCAAACCAACCAAAGUACGAAGACAGGAGCAAGGUAAAAAAAGUCUUCUUUCUGUAGCAGUUUUUAUUGCUGUAGGACUGUGUAAACACCUGUGUCGUAAUUCCCUGCUUCCCGUUUACAUGACUCCACUUUAGGAAAUCUACAGCUGAGAUCAUUGUGAUGUCUGCUGAAGGUCGUAAACAGGUGAGAGUUUUAACUCCAACUUAGCCUCACACCGCUUUUUCUAUAUUAAUGAAGUGUUUUUGAUUUGUUUUUGUUUUUUUUUAGUCUGACCAACCAAAAACCUCCCUUGGAUCUUCCAAGAACAAAAUGGGUAAGUAGAAUAUGUUUAGUCUGUUGAUGUUGAAAAAGUCCCAAUUUUUUUUAGGGAAAAUCAGCUUUUUUCCUGCAGGAGCUGCACUUUGCUUCGUUACCUUUAUUAGUUUUUUUAAUCUUAUUUGAAGGUUUUAUAUGACAAAUAGCUACAAACUGAAUUAUUUUCGGACAUCAGAUUGAGAUUUUUAGGGUGGACACAGGAGCCGCAGUUUUUAGCACAGCAGAGGUUUUCACUUGAUCAUCACAUCCUAAAGUAGAUAAAUAUUUUAUCUGAAUCAGUUAAGCAUUUUUCCAGGGGAACAUGAAAGGUCAUUAUUCAAUUGUGUAAAAUCAAACCAAACUUUUGUAGUUUCAUUUAACAUUUUUGGGACACGGUAAGAUAAGUUUGAAAAUUCAUAUCACAAAUGACAAAGAGAGCAGCAGCCUGUCAUCUCUUGCUCUGGCUGUUCCAGGUUUACCUCUGUGCUCUCUGGGAAUCAUGAAAGACGCUUGGGACCGUCUGCGGCAGUGUAUCAGCCCGACCACCUCCAUGCCUCUCUGCGGCAACAACACUCAACCCAUUCUUAACCAGGUGUUCCUCUUUGUCUGCGGAAGCCUGAGCCAUUCGUCACCCCCCUCACCAACACUUCCAACUGGACAGACAUGUAGUCAGGCAGAUCCCAAGGCCAUUACUUUUGCUAUUCUGCAGCAGCAACAGAGGGCUGAGGUAAUAAUGAGAUUUCUUUUCUGUUUUCUAUUUUUUUCGACUUCACGCAAAACUGUAGCAAGUUUUAAACAAUUACUGAUGUAAAGCUUUCCACUGAAUGGUCCACUGUAGUUUGGUUUUGGUUCAGUAUGCAAUUGUUUGUUUUCCUACUUCCUGCAGUUUGCUUGUGGGUUUACCAAAACUGUACCAAAUUGUACUAAACUGAACUGAACCAAACUGGGCUGCUUGCUGGAAACACACCAUAAAAGUCAAACUUAAAGGAAUAUUCUGGCGUAAAAUUAAUUUAGGGUCAAACACACUGUAACACUGAGUUAGACGCCCCCUCGAGAGAUGAAUGAUGCGGACUGCUUGUUUCUGUAGUUAUACCAACUUUAGUAACGACCGCACGAUAGCAAUACACAGCAGUCUACGUCUCCACACGCACAACUCAACCAAAAAGCCACUCUAUAGCCACAAAUAAUGCUCAGAACAGCACCUAACUUCAUCAACAGUACAUAUAGGGUCCCGGCCAUAGUAUUAGCCACCAAACAUCGUUUUAACUUUGCCUGAUUUCUUUAGCAAAGAGACGAAACACAACUCACCUACUCUCUUCCAGCAGCCGCUUGUUUGUAGGGAGACCUCGGACGAGUCCAUCACUGUCUGCAGCGGGGGGACGCAGCUCAAGGAAGAACAUUUAUGAAAUCAGGCAAAUAUAUGUACUGUUGAUGAAGUAAGGUGCUGUUCUGAGCAUCAUUUGUGGCUAUAGAGUGGCGUUUUGGUUGAGGUGUGCGCGUGGAUCCAUAGACUGCUGUGUAUUGCUGUCGUGCGGCUAUUACUAAAGUUGGUAUAACUAGAAAAGCAAGCAGUCAGCAACAUUUAUCUCUCGAGGGGGUGUCUAACUCGGUGUUAUAGUACAUAUGACCCGAACUUAAAAUGAUUUUAAUGAUAUUCUGCAACUGCAUUUUAUGAGUGAAACUAACUAACUAACUAACCAUUCUCUUUGAUCAGUUACGUCUGGAGGCCUUGUGCCAGAUGUCAUCCUUCCUGUCCAAGAUGGAGGAAAAGAGCAGCGGGUUCACCGUCUCCCCUCAGUUUCCUACAUUGUUGCAGUCAGUGCAGCUUCAGUUCCUGUCAGGAUGCUUUGCUUUGGGAACUCAAAUCAUAAGCUCUCACUCCGGAGUGAAUUAUGAGCUGCAACAUUACCUGGUAAAACUCCUGAUCAUGCUAAUCCAGUGUUUGUGCUUGGAGAGAAUGAGUUAACAUUUUUGUUGAGGCAAGAUCAGGACGGGAGAUCCUCUGAACGUGAUGCCAAUCAUAUGUUUCUCUUUUGAUCUUCUUGUCUCAAUUCAGUCUGGUACUCAAUCAGCUUCUCUGGACACACAAACAGAGUUGCAAUCUGCAGCCCACACAUUUUACCAGCAGGUGGUGCGUGUCCUCAAACAGAGGGUCUUGCUGGAAAGAGAGCAUCCAGGUUUGUUUCUUGUGUCUAAUUUGAGCUCCUUUUUGGUUCUCCUUAUGGGUCAUAGUUUUCAGCAGUUAUUGUAUUCAGCUUCUUGGAAGUCAAGAUUUCUCGUCUAUCACAACCAGGUUCAUGCCAGCAUCUUCUCCUAGCCACUAUGUUUGCACUGAAUUUCUGUUACCAACCACUCGACCUGGUGCUGGUCAUCAAAUGUGGCAUCCUGGAAAUCCUCUCCACACUGACCAACGGCAGCUGUGCACUGAUGAACCAGGGCUGGUUUGCAGCUUCUACAUCUGGAGCCAUGUUACUGAGUGGGGCUGUUAGGUUAGCUUGUGCCCGCCUGCUGCAGAUACUGACGGUGGCUGCGAGGUGAUUUGGCUUCACUUUUUUUCACCACUUAAGUUCUUCAAAGAUGGCACACAUGUUCAUAUUUUUGUGUAAAUUUGUUUUGUGUUUGCAGCUCCUGUGAGGAUUUGCUGCCUUUGGAUGUUUCCCAAGCUCUGAUGGAGGUGAUGUGUGAGCAACUCCAAACAAUCCUGUAUACUUUCCAACAACUGCAGACAGCAGAGAGAGGAACAGCUGAGAGAACAGAUCUAGAGUCUGGGAGCAAGAACACAAAUCUACACGGUGUAGUAAACUUUGCCGUCUAAAACUUCACUGAAAUGUUUUUACUAAUCCCUGCAUUGAAAGUCAUCUAAUAUAAAACAUUCACCUUCCUUUUCCUUUUUUCCUUUCCUCCUGUUUGUGUUGAGACUCAGUUCUGACACUCUAUGUUGUUUUUAGGAGUCGAAAGCAGCAAAGUGGUUGAAUCUCAGCUGGCGGACUUCUUGGUGUUUCUGAGGCGUGUGCUGUCGUUAAGAGUUAUGAAGAGACUUCCUACUUUUGUUAAAUGGGUUGAUCCACUUAUGGCCAUAAUUUCACACAAGUGCACUUUAGGUAAGACAUUUGUAAUCACAACGCAAGAUGAAUUUAAUAUGCACAACAGACCAGAACAUUUUUCUGCAUCUCCGCUGUCCUUUUUUUUAGGAUCUCCGUGCUUCCAGAACCUUCGUACGAAGCUUUUGGCCUUCCAUGUUUUGGAGAGACUGUUACCUGCUUGUUCUGAGCCUGCUCAAAUUCAACUGGUAGAGUGGAAAUAAAAGCAACAUCCAAGCCAAGAGCUUUAAAGAAAACAGUUUUCAGUGGUAAAAGAGCUUUAAAGUUGUAAUGAGUUAUAAAGGUUUUAACUAUGACAUACUUUUCUUUUCUUUAUCUUCCAGAUUGUUAAACAACUCUUUCAGCUCUCAUCUGUUUACAUGUGGAAGGAGCCCCUCACUGAAAGAAACCGCGAAGAAACUACUGAAAAAGAUAAGGGGGUAAUGCAGCACUUUCACACUGAUCAAUCAGUCAAUCCAUCUUCAUUUGUAUAGCACUUUUUAUACAAAAAUGUAGCAGUGCUUUACACAGUUGAAGAAUAAAACAAACAAAGAAUGCCCGUCCCCUCAUUCCCAUCAGCAAUCCAAGCACAACAGAAACGACUAUUACAAUGCGUUUACUUGAAAAGAGCUCGAUUUAGUAAAAACAGGAAUUUGUGCUCUGAGGAAACGCCAUCUUAAAACUCAAGAUGAGGAAACACUGGAGGUUAGGUUAAAAUUUAAAGACAAAGUAACAUAAAAUAAAAUUGAAGAAAUAAUAAAUAAAAAAUAGAAAAUAAACAAAAUCAAAGUGAAAAGAUACUCCAAUAAGAGCACCAAAAUAGCUAAAUAAAAGACGAUCCUGACAGUAGAACUGGACAGAGAUAAAUGCUAAAACACUUAAACAGAAUUAGGUAAAUGAUAUAAAAUUUAGUUAAAAGCAAGACUGAUGAUAUGAUGCAUUUAUUCCAAUUAUUCACAUUUAUUCCAAUGCAAAAUCAAUAAUUUCUGCAGUACUCCAAAAGUCUUACAUCAUGAUCUGCACACGUUAACAUUUCCCUCUGACAUUUUUACAGAUUGUUUGCCUCAGCUUUGCAUCCCUUCAGUUUCAGGCAAAAUGGUUGCAUCAAAGCAGAAGUUUUGAGAGCUAUUACACUAAGAACCUAAAUUUAUCAUCUGAAAAUAAUGAAUGGAUGCACAGUAGUCAUCUAGGAACUGCAUAGAGGAAGAAUUGAAACUCAUUCUUGGCAGUACUGACACUGAAACAGCGGGGCCUCUUAAAAGAACAGAUGGACCUGUUCUCUACAGUGACUGUGGGAGGGCUGGAAGAUGACAGAAAAAUAAUGACAAAUUUAAUUAGGCCAAAUUACAUUAAGUGUGUAUAUAAAUAUAUAAGAUAUUAGCAUUGAUGUCAUGCGGUUACUACUGUGGCAAGACUUGCUUAUAGCCUAACUGAUAAUUCAUACACAACAGCAGCGUGUCAUGAAAAAUCCUAACGCUGUACUGUGAUAUCUAUUUCUUGCUUUUCCAGAAUCAUGGCAGCUACGAUGAAUGUAUCCCCAUUGGAGAUUUUUCCUUCGACCCCCACAAGCUUAUCUGCUGUUCUUUAGAGAGUGGGAAUAUCUUGUCACAUGGCUCAGGGGGGAAAGGUUACGGCUUGGCAACCACUGCCAUCACAUCUGGCUGUUUUAUUUGGAAAGUAAGGACCAACAUUUGAAUUAAAACGCUCAAACUGUUCAUAUUUGUGCAGAUUUGACCUCUGAAAUCUCUAAAAAAAACCCUCUAUUUUCAGUUUCAUAUAACCAAAGAGAACAGAGGCAACGAGGGCACGUGUGUCGGCGUGUCCCGCUGGCCGGUUAGAGACCACAACCACCACACCACCACUGACAUGUGGCUGUAUCGAGCCUACAGCGGCAACCUGUACCACGGAGGAGAGCUGGUUCGCACACUUCCUUCAUUCACCCAGGGGGACACCAUCACCUGCAUCUUGGACAUGGAGGCUCAUACGGUUUCAUUCGCCAAGAAUGACAAGGUUCAAGCACACAAUCAACCCCCUUAGAAAUUUAAGCUUUAAAGUUUCAUCGUCUUUGGAUUGUUUUUCUGUAUAUCCUUAAUCACUGAGUUCAUGUCUUUCUGCUAGGAACCAAAGCUGGCGUUUGAAGGUGUGGUUGCCUCUGAGCUCUACCCUUGUGUGUUGUUCUACAGCAGUAAUCCAGGAGAGAAGGUAUCUUUGAUCACAGUUUAUGAAAGUAGUCUGGUAAGAAGUAAAAAGAAAAAGGAAUGGAUUAUUAAGAGAAACUACUGGGAAAUUUCAAAUCCCCUUUCUGUAGAGGUGUUGGUGCAUUUUUGCAGCUGUUAUUUGUUCCUCUGUAUUUCCUUCAGGUGGCGCUGCGUGAUCUCCAGAUGCGAGGCAUGCCCAGUAAUCUCCUCCCUGGCGAGCCCCUCUGCAGCCCUCGCGCCACAGUGCUGCUGGAGUCAACUGUGCAGCUUCUCCGUCGCCUCCAUCAGUGUGACCAGUGGGCUUCACACAUCAACGAAUACAUCCACACUCACCUAGAGCUGAUUGGUCCCCUGCUGAAGGAGGAAGACUUGGGGAGUUGCAGCUCAGGUUAGACACUGCUCUGGCAGUGGUCCUUUACAGGCACAUUUAACCUGCUUUUUUAUGUAAAUAGAACAUGCUGUAGUUUAACCGUAAAACAUUUUGCUAGCACUGGUGUCUACUAAGCUUUGUAGGGUAAAAAUAUACUGACAUUGAUAUUAAGUAAAGAAAAAUACAGGACCGAGACAAAAAUACAGGACAGAGACAAAAAUACAGGACAGAGACAAAAGUUAUCGCUCAAGUCAAGUUUUCUUAAAGCUGCUAAAAAGUACAGCAAGGCCACAAAGUUGCACUGAAGCCCUGUCUUAAAGGGAUAUUCUGGCGUAAAAUUAAGUCAGGGUCAAACGCCCAGUUAGAUACCCCUUCAAGAGAUAAUCAUUACCGAUCGCUUACUUCUCUAGUUAUACCAACUUUAGUAACGACCGCACGAUUGCAAUACACAUGGUGGUCUAAGGUCCACAACAGUUACAGCAUCAGAAAAUGCAAAAUAGAAUUUUUCAAUCUUGUCAUUGAUGAUCUCAUUUCCUUUUUCACACCAUGAAGACACAUCACUGCUAAUUUUAGCCUCUUCCAUAACCAAUCAAAAACUCCUCACUGUAGCUUUAACUGGAUAAGAACAGCAAAUAACUGUAAUUUACAAUCCAGCUGAAGUUGAACAUUGAGAAAAGAAUGACUGCAGUUUUCUGGAUUUGAUAAUCAACAUCAGGUUCUGACAGGUGUUUUCCAUUAAGUGUUAUUUUCUUAAUUGCUGAUCAGUUUCUGUCUCUCGUUGUCCCUGCAGGUGUCAGCGCCUCACACUCAGAGAAGGAUGAUAGCGACAAAGACACUGUUGGUGAAGAUUCAGGGGAGUCACAUCCACAUCGUCGAUCCCUCUCCGACACUAAGCUGGCUGCUCUCUGCUCUGAUGUGUGGCCGGUCCUGGCUCUGAUCGGUGGAGUGGACAAUGGUCUUCGCGCUGGAGGUCUGUGCCGGCAUAAACCCAGCGGGCGACGGGCCAUCCUGCUGGGGGUCUUGAAAGAAGGGAGCACCCUGGCCAAGCUUCAGUGGGAGGAGGCAGACCUCUCUGUCAGGUAUCACAAACUUAAAUGCCUAAAUCCACAUUUUUCGUGUGAUUCUCAUUUACAUCCAUUAAAAAACUCUUAUAUUUCCCUUGUCUUGGUCCUUUCAGCAUGUUUAUGACUGUAUGAUUCCUUUCUGUUAGUUUUUCCUUUCUUCUUCUGUGUCUAACAUUUUACUUUACUUUCACCAUUUACCCUCCUGAUCUUACUUACUUUUUUCUUGCUUCUUCCUCCUCAUUCUUAAAUCCAUUUUUCCCUGUUGAAUCCGUCCUGCUGUCACUCCUUGCUGUAUUUGUGGGUUCUCCCCAUCCUUCCCAAUAACUAAGCUCCAUGAAUUCUUGGUCACCCAGCGACACGCCCAUCAUCUCACUGGAGCCCUGCGAUGUGUCCUGUUGUAACAUCACCCAGCUCGGAGGCCUCAAACCGACGGUCUUGUUAGACCUUAUUUAUUUGAUGGGGCUGCUGGAGGAGCAGGGAUGGCUGGGAGCAAAUCUGGCUCCCAAGAGGAAACACUCAGAGGAGAGCAUGAAAGAGAGCGAGAUGCAGUGUCGCCCGGAAGAAGACGCAACCGAGGACGAUGAGAAGAAGAAGUUUAGAGAGCCGAGUGUUGAAACAGACUUCUUCUCAUCCCCCACCUCAAACAAAGACGCUUCAAAGACCGCUGAUCAUGUGGAGUUGACCUGUCUACCCCACACAUCCCAAAACUCCAGACUGGAUGCCUUCGCCCUUGAACUCAGAGCAGUUAGAGUCUCAUACCUUCUUAUUGGAGCUUUAAAAACCCUGACUGUCAUUUUUAGUUGCGAGAAGCUCUCAGAUUUGCUCCUGGUGCCUAAACAUGAGCCUCCCAACAACCCCACAGCAAGCCCCGUAACAAGCCCGAACCCUGACCAGGCCAAGGCGAUCAGCAAACAGUGGGAUGAGAGCGCUGAGCUGAGGUCAGUGCUGCAGUACGUGGUGCAGAGUAUGGUGAAGUGGGCAGUCAGGCCGUGUCCCAUUAAACAGAGCGUGUCUCUCGCUGACCUGGAGAGGGCUCAGGUGAUGAUCUACAAAGGAGCCAUCCACCGAAUGCAGGAGGACAAAGACCACAAAGGUACCGAGACUUAUGGAUCAGAUUUAGAUGUUUUUUAUAGUCAUCUCUGUAGACCUGUUCUUCUCUAAAUCCUGAACAAGGUCACAUCUAUAUGAAUACUCAGAAUGUAGCUAGAAAAAUCUCAUUUUUCAUAUAGUUACGGUUAUAGAGAGGUGCUCUGUGUUGGCCAAAUCUAGACAUACACUGCAAAAACAGCCCUACUAGAAAGAGGCAAAAUAUUCUUAUGUUUACUCAAAAAAUCUUUUAUCAAGCAAAAAAAUCUGCCAAUGGGGUAAGUUUUUUUUGCUUGACAAGAGUUCUCAAAAUAAGAACAAAUUUCUUGGCCCUGACGGACUCAAAUGAAACUUAAAACUAGACAGAAAAUCUUACAUUAAUCCAAUUUUUUCUCCAGCAAGCAAUGAAAAACAAAAAUGAAGUUACUUAAAAUGAGAAUUUUAGUCUCUUGAAUAAAUGUACUUAAAAAAAAAUACACCUUAAUCUAGGAUUAUUAAUGACCAUGACAGUAGUUCAAAUAAGACAUAAUUUCUUAAAACAGCAAAGCAAAUAUAAGUGAUGUUGUCCUAAAUCAAGAUACCAAAACAUUCUCAUUAAAUAUAUAUUUUUUAUUCCACAAGCAAGCAUGUUCUUUGUUGUUCUUUGUUGUUUUGCAGUUUUCAUCUGGUCGUUGUAUUAUGUUGUCUGUUGUACCGACUAGCCUACAGACAUCUUUAUAUGUCAGAUAAUGUAGGAGGCAGCAGAUUCUGUCAGGUUCAGAUGACCUGCAGUGGAAAUGUUAAUAAAAAAAAAUCUGCUGUUCUUGUUUUUAGUGGCAUUCUUAAAAUUAGAAGUUGUACAUAUGUCUUACUCUUAAAAUGAGACGAAUGAUCUUGUUGCUCCGCUGGAUUUUACUGUAAAAAAUUUUUUUUAACCUAUUUCUGGUUCAUUCUAUCUCAAAAUUAGCUUGAAUAUCUUAUCAAGAAAAAGAUCAAAAUUUUCUCUUCAAAUUAGAUAAUUUUUCUAAUGCCGAACAUGCUUGACAAGAUUAGUAUUCUUUUUGUACAAAAAAAUAAGACUUUAAUCUUAAUACAAGGCUGUUUUCCUUUCUUGACAUUCCUUUUUUUGCAGUGUAAGUAUGAGUGUUAGAAACAGAAACAGAGCUGCAGACCUUUGAGGCAUGAAGAAGAAGACUCAGACUAGACUGAAACUUGUCAAAUCUCAACUUUUGACCUUUUCAAGCAUCAUAAAUACUUAUUUCUAGGGCUUUUAGACUGAAAGGAUUUAUUUGGUAUUUAGGCUGUGUCUGAGUUUUUAUUAUCCUUUAAUCAGCUUUUUUCUCCCACGGCUAACGUUGACAACUUAAGCUGUUCUGUUUGUGUCUGAAGAAGAUUACAAAAUUAAAUGUUCAAACAAGCAAAGGAACCAAACUCUCACAGUGGAAAACUCUGAAAACAUCUAUUUUUUAACUUUUAAGUAACUUCAACAAAAAUACCUUACUUAGACUCACAGACAAACUUGAAAGUAACUUUAUUUGUGGUUCAUUCACUUUGAAUAAAAGGGUUUUAUUACAGUGUUUCUUGGCACUGAGCAUUGUCUAACUACCCUCUAUGUCUUGUCCUUACAGAAUCGGGCCACCACUCGGCCUCUCAGCCUGUUUCCAAGUCCUCCAGCUCUGUGUCUUUAUACAGCGCAGGCUCGGAAGGCACUGCCAUCUUCGGCCAAUCAAACAGGGCCUCUGCCUCAUCCUCCAAUACUGACUUAGCUUCCUCUUUACCGACAAACCUGCAGGCGGAUACCCUGGAUAACUUCAACCCUUUCUUCCCCAUCAGCCUCCUCCAGUGAGUACAGUGUAUGAUGUUGAUAUGAUAAUCUUUAGAGGGAACAAACACAGUAUCUCUUGGUUUUGUCAUGUUGUGGCUGAUAAUACAUCUUUUGGCAGUGACAACUAUUCUGAAGUCGAGGGAACGGGUGAGUUAGGACGCGUAGAAAUGAAAGAGUGAGGAUUCUGCCUGCUCUGUUUUUAAUCUCAGCUGCGGCUCGGCCUGCUUGUUCUCUUUCUAACCCAGCUAGCUGACUCAAGAGUCAGUAUUAUUGCUGCUUCAGAGGCCAAACAGCUUCAGCGCUAAAUUAUUAACCAUGAAACAAAAUCAAGCACUUCGGCGAGGAGGGGUUUUGGAAUAACUCUCCCAGUCCUCCCAUCUCUGAAUGUGUUUGAUGCCCCAAGAGUUCAACCAAGCUUCACCAUGUUAUAUGCAAAGAAACAUGCUUGGUUUAGUAACCAGGGUUAGAAAUGCUCAUUCCUUCGGGUAUCUUAUCAUACAGAUAAAAAAAAUGCUCAUGUAGCACCACUCGUUCUGUGUUAUUACUGCAUAUACUAUAUCUUUACUCCUUUUAGGCACAUGGUCUUAACUCGGUUCCCCACGCUCACCGGCCUGGUUAGCACUGCCCCCGUGCUGCACCCUUGCUUCAGCCUGGCCAGCUCUGCUUCUUGUGAUGCGUUCACAGAGCAGCAGACUAGCUUCAUGGAACCAGGUCCCUGCAGCACACAGGCCAGGAGCAGCCUGGGUAAGAACAAGUGCAGUGACCUUUAUAAUGGGGCGGGAAAGCUGUCAGUUGUUAUCACGGAGGAAAUGUCUCUCCUUAUUUAAAGUGAGUGAUAAACUUGUAGGUAAAUUCCUGCCAUGUUGGUAAAUCUUAACCUUUUCCCCAUGCCGGCUUCACGCUCAAGCACAUUAAUUACUUUAAAACAAGUAAAAAGACGAGUAAACUCACUUUCUCUGCAUGGUCCUUGACGGUGUGUUCAGCUAGUAGUUUUUACAACCAAGCUGCUGAUCAAAACAGCAUGUGUUUUGCUCUGCUUUUGGACAGACGCAGUUCUUCAACUUUCAGAUACAUGCAUGACAGUUUGUUCACUCACACGCUUGAAUGGCACCAUUUGUUUCAUCAUCAGUUAUUUUUGGUUUAAUUCUGAACGAUCUGAGAAAUACAUCGUACUAAAAGUCAUUGCUCUGACUCGAGAGAUUUGAAAACAUUAUUAUUAUUAUUAUUAACAGGUUUAGUCAAUUCUAGGUCUAAUAUUUAAUUGAAUAAUUCUUAAUUGUAUAACUGCAAUUCCAAAAGAGUCAGGAUGCUGUGUAAAAUGUUGAUAAAAAACAGAAUCAGAUGGUUUGCAAAUCAUUUAAACCCUUAAUCUAAAGCUCCUGUGAGGAACUUUGGGUUUGUGGAAAUUUUGCCGCAACUUAUGGACAAAGUAGUCUCUACUUAUUUUGUCCUCUAUAUGCUUCUGUAGUUUCAUCUGACCAAAAUAUCUCAUUCUGACAACUUCAAUAUUUGCAAAAAAAGUCAUGAAAAGUUUUACUGUUCGAUAAAAAAUAUACGCUUAUUUUAAAUUUGAUGCCAGCAGCACAAUUCUGAAACCUUGGGACUGGGACUUGUUAAAAGAAGAGAUGAUUCAACACAAUGUUAAACAACACCAUGUGAAUGUUAGCGAACCCAGGAGACCAGUUUCUGGGUUUUUAGAAUCGAAACUUGUCCUAAAACUUUAGCAGCUCAACAGUUCCAGUUAAAGGUGGGGUAGGCAGGAUCUGAGGAAGUGCCAGUUUUUGGGAAAAUUCUUGAAUGUAAACACUACCCCUCCUAACCAGUUUUCCCCUCAGCUCCUCCUCUCCCCUCCAUCUUUGCUCCAGCAAGCCCCGCCCACAAACAGAAGCUCCUGCUCGCUCGUAUCGUUUCAAUCAAAUUCAGAUAUAAUGCAGAUAAAUACUUCAGAUAAUUACAAAUGGGGCCCAGUCAACGUGAAAGUAAAAAUUAUUGGUGCUACUGUAGAUGCCAACAGACUACCAGUAAACACAAUGUUUGCAGGACUUCUAAAAUUAGGAUAAAGUGACAUAGUCCAGGACCCGAGGUCAACAGUUUCAGGGUCCGUAAGAUCCCGAGGCGUCCCCCAUCACUGUUGAUCUGGCUUAGCUAAUUCUUAGUUCUUGUCCGGUCUACCUCCUUUUCAAGCGCCCGUUAUUCUCCGGUAUUCACUUUGUUUUCUUGCUUUUGAUGGCAGUCGUGGCUAAAGGAGGAGUCAGACAAUUUUCUGUACUUUCUGGUUGGUUUCUAUUGUCCGAUAUUGUGGCACGCUAACUUUGUUUGGGCUCCUGAACGACACGGGGGAGCAGUGAAUGCCUCAAAACCAAUCAGGAUGGGGGAGGCAGAGAAUGGCUUUGUUUACAGUCAGAAAGAGCGGAGCGCUCUGAAAUUUUAAAAUGUUAACUACAGAGACAUAACAAAACACAGCGAUAUUGUUAUAUUACCAAAUGUCAUCAAUGACUAAUAGCUAUUGACUGAUAUUAAAAGCCUUUUUGUAUAUACACCACAAAAAAAGAUGCUUCUUUAACGGAUUCCCGCCUACCCCGCCUUUAAGUAAUGAUUUAUUAAUUAUUGAAUUUCCCUUCAGGGAUCAAUAAAGUUCGUUUUCUUCUUCUUCUUCUUCUUAACCUAAUUUGUUGGGAGAUGUUUCUUUGAGUGUUGAUUCAUUCUUUUUUUAUAUGUUUGCUGUCUGAAAUGGUUUUAAAGAUGUUGCUGGCACCAAAUUUGACUUAAUCAUAUAUUUUUCAUCUAACAAUUAAAUCUUUUCAGGAUUUGAUUUGUUGUUUUUCUAAUUAGAUAUAGCGUUUAAAAGAUUUGAAAACAGUCACAAUCUGUUUUUAUGAACAUUUUAAAUAGCCCCCAACACUUCUGGAAAUGAGGUUGUAGAUUUUAUUGCUAUUUUUCCUCCAAAAAUGCUUGCUUCAGGCAUUUGUGAUCUAAUCUAAUUGAAUGAAACAUAAACUGAAGAUACAUUUUUGUAUAGAAAUAAAAGAUUUAUCUGAUAAAUUGUGCUACGGUCAAUUCAAAAAGGAGCUGUGAGCUUGUUUUUUGUUUUCUGUUUUUUGUGGACUUUUCCUUUUCUCCUCAACCACCAGAGAGGACACAAAUGUUUGUCACCAGUCGGUUGCUAGAAAUGGGAUUCUCUAUGAGACAUAUCUACUGGGCCAUGGAGGCAGCAGGUACUGCUUUGUGUUACUGCUUUAUGUGAUUUGUAUUUCCAUCAUUUGUCCUUCACCGUGUGCUGCAGCCUGUUUACAGUUAUGUAGAAAAGUUCUACCUGCUUUCAAAAAAUUUUAAUUUCACUGAUAGACAACUCCUGAACUAUAGGGGUGAAGUCUGAACAUGAUGCAAGUUAUUUUUGUUGUCAUUUCUACCUCGAAUCUGUCUGCACCUCAGAAAUUUCAUCCUUUGCAAGACUGUAAUUUGACAGAAAUUUGAAGAUUUUACCCAAUUCUCAAUUUACAAAUAGUGAAUUAAAAGAUAAUUCAAAUUUUUGAAUAUUUUGGUUUAAUUUUCUGUAACAGUUUGUUUUUAAAUCAUUAAAAUCCCAUUUUUACUCACAGAUAAAAUAUCAGCAUCAAUGACAAUUCCCCUACUUGGUAAAACAGAACAAAUUUUUCCUUAUGCAUGUCACAGAACCUGCAUGUGUUAAAAUCAUAGACUGUAUAUACUAUGGACAACUUGGUUCCGCCUUCUGCCUGUAUACGGAUUUGAAGCCGAAAAAUUUUCGGUAUUUCCGCGAUUUUUCUCCAUUUCCUGAAUCGAACAUUGCACAGUAGCAUAGUAGACAUUCAGCGGGAGAGUCGCCAAAAGUUGCUGUGAUGACACUCGGCUCAAACAGCGUAUCCCCUGGGUGAGUUACGCAUUUUCGUACGCCCGUGAACCCCCUGAUAACUUUUAAAAAUCAAGCUGCACAGAAAAAAGAGGACUUGAGCACAAACUAGCCUCACAGUAACUACACGUCAACAUCGCAAGCAAGGGGGAGAAAAAUUUAUAUUCAGUGUAUCAAAUUUCUGAAGUUUGUUCACAACUCCAUGAAGUUUGCUGGAGGAGGCGGGAUUUAUGACCUAUACUGCAGCCUGUCACCAGAGGGUGCUGUUCUUGCAGUGGCUUCACCCAGCGAGGAGGUAGACGGCGUCCAUUCUAAAUACAGUCUAUGAUUAAAAUGAAAAAGUGAAGGGAUGUAGAGAUACACUUUGCACCAAAUAUGUCAUAGUGCUUUCACUGUUGCCUCUGAAAAUGAUAAAUUCCCCACAUGAAUCAAUUUGAAGGCCUCCUCUCCUCACUUAUUAUUUCACACUUACCCUCCUCUCAGUCUACGUAUAAUCAGAGCAGGUGUGCAGACUUGUCCUCAGACACCAAACAGUCAGCUGGUGGCGAUGUUGGACAAGAUUUAGCGAUGCAAAACUCUGUGAUCCAUCUUUUCCUCCUCGGCUUCUGACAGUUCACCUUCCCUCUGGUUCCCCUUCCCCCCAGAUGUAGCAGGUGACCUGGACUCUCAAACCAUCGAGGUGUUAGCCAGCUGGAUGUUGGAGCACCCGCUGACUGAGGAGCAGCAGGCGGCUGAGUCAGCUCGACCGGAGGGAGCCCCUGAGACCCCGUCACCAGAUGGGCCAGAGACGGUACAAUGUCCUGAGCGACCAACCAGUCAACCCAGUGAGAGGUCAGGGACAUUUUCCAUCUUUACUAAUAUGAGGGUGUUAUAAAUAUAAUCAUAUACAGCUGUAAAUUAGGAGCUUUGUGUGAUUUUUUUCUUAUUGUUUUUUUAAGUUUGUUGCCUGGGCUCGACUGGAUCGAGAGGGAGAACUUCUUGGAUGUCCACCUGACUAGGAACAGACCUCCCCCAGCACGGCGGCGACGCUCAGGACCCACUCAGAGGACUUCCUUCAGGAGAGCAGGUCAGAGAAGCAUCAAUAAAUUCACUUUCAACCCUUUAUCACCCUUUUUUGCAUCAAAAGAGCGUCUGCUGUAUUACAGGGCUUGACACUGACUUUUUUCGCAAGGAGUGUAUGUGCUCCAAAGUUGAAGAAGUAAGGAGCACACAAAGAACUUCAGGGGCAAAAUGAAAAUUGAUCAAAUAAUGUUUGUUUUAUUGGUCGACAUAAGUGCUAUUAUUUGAAAUCAAUUUUAGGUCAAUUGGUCACGACAUGGAGGCUAUUGAAGGAAAACAGCCUUUUUUUGAGAACAUCAACCGGUAAUUUAUUGAUGGUCCCUUAUUCAACACCUGAUGUUGACAGUGAAGGUGCUGAGAAGAUUUAAUCGCGCUGCUGUUACCAUUCCCGGUUACAGAGAGUGUGAAGACACUGGUUGAUCCGCAGUGAAUGUCCGUUGAAUAUCUAACCUAAAACUAACUUCACUGCGGUAUUUAUAUGGAAGUUAAUCUGUGCCAUCUGAUUGUGAAUUUGAAUUUCUAAAGCUGAAUUUUUUUUGCAUCAAAAUCAGACUUCAAAACCAUUGAAUUUCAAGCACGCAUUUUUAUUUCUUACACUUAAUUUUUUUUUUUACAAUAAUGAAAUAGAUUCAGUGUAAAAAAAAUCGGUCUGUCAAAAUCUUUUUGUGUAGUAAAAAUUCAACUUAAAAAAAUUUGGUGUCACAUGACCAAUCUAGCAUAAUUUGAUUGGCUGGAUGAUGGAUGAUUGAGCCAGAUAUCGAUUGCUUCUCCCUGGUUACCCGGAUGUCGAGUCUGGCUGUUUUACACUGAAUUUUUUAACACUGAAUUUUUUUACAUUAAUUUUUUUUUUAUGUUGAAUUUUUUUUUUUUCACAGUUGUUUUAAGUUGAAUUUUUACUAAAAAAAUUCUUUUGAGAGACCUUUUUUUUACACUAAAUUUAUUUCAUCAUGAAAAAAAAUUAGUGUCAGAAAAAAAAAUGCGUGCUUGAAAUUCAAUGGUUUAGAAAUUCAAAGACUGAUUUUGAUGCCAAAAAAAUUCUGCUUUAGAUACUUAAAUUCAAAAUCAGAUGGCACAUAUUUACUUCCAUAUAUUUACAUGAAAAAACAUUUGUUGCCUCAGCUGAUUUUUUUUAUGCGCACAUGUGCCCAUAAAUACAUUUUACAAUUCGCACACAUCUAUUUUGAGUCGCAAAUGUGAGUGAAACGGUCGCACUGUCGAGCCCUGUACUGAAAAAUGAGGAAAGUUCUUCAGUGUUCAUACUCUGCUUCCAAACUUGUUUCAAACAUCACUCUCUCUCUUCAGAUCUGCCGUCACCCAACCCCCUCCCACAGCUCUACCAGCAACACACAUCUGUCAGCGAUUGGCCAGAGCAGGUAGAGUUUCAUCCUUACUCUGCAGAGGAAGAGUCAGAACUCGGCUACAUGGACGACCCGUACCAUGAGGAAAGUUACGAGGACUUGCUCACGCCUUCCUUCUUUAGCCUGGAGAGAGAUACACUCCAGAUAGUAGAGGUGAAAACAGUCUCUUUCAGAGUGAAUUAUGAUGUUGGAUUUUAAAACCUUGAACCUUGCAUUAAAGUUUUUUUAAACUUUUGAAUCAGUCAAUAUUCUUGUCAAUAACAAGAACUAUCUUAACUCAUCUUCUUCUCAUCAUACAGGCUGGAGAAGAGCACAGUCAGAUGGUCAAGUGUGAGCUCUGCAACACCCUCACCCUCCAGUUUAACAACCACAUAAAGCGCCGUCACCCAGGCUGCGGUCAGAGUGCAGCACGCAAAGGUUACGACAGCACAGGCGCUUAUGUGGACGUCUGGUUUAAAGGGGAAUGCGGCUCCAACUUCCCUUUCUACCUCUUGUGCAGCUCCUGCAGGGAAAAGUAUCUGGCUGCAAACACGAGCGACCCAAAUUCCAAAUAUGAAAGGUAGAGCAGAUAAUGAAGAAGAUGAAAAAUGACAGAUUUAUGCAACAUGCUGAAUUUAACAUCAAAUAAAAGCCUCUCUAAACUUAACCUGCUCUAAAACCGUAUCUUGUUUUUGUUUCUGUAGGAUUAAAGGUCUGACAUCUGAUUUAGUCGGCCACUUGGACAGCACCUCUGAUGGUAGGAGAGUGGUACAGCAAUAAUUGUACUCUAACGUCUGUCACAAAGGUUUCUAACAUUUGAAUUUGGUUUCUGUUUGUUUAGAUGAUUGGGAAAUGAGCCACCAAGAUGAGUGUGACACAGACAAGCUGACAGGACUAGAGGAUUUUGGGCUUUUGCUGAGACCACUGGGGCUGACAGAGAAGAAACUGGUGCCAGACCCUAUCGCCUUCACGGAGCCAGAUCCCCUUGGAGCCCUGGUUUACAGCUCGGCUGACCCUAUGAGGGCAAUAGCCCACAAAGGUGUUAUAUUUUUCUUCCUUGCAAGUUUGGGUAAUCUGAAAUAAAUGCAGACUUUUGCACAUGAUAAAAUUGUCCCAGAAUGAAACGCUUAAAGAUACUGAAGCUUUCAAGAUUUAGAAACACUCACAAAACUUCCUUACACUUCUAUGAAUAAGUCUGACCCAAAACAAACCAUCUAUAAACACAGUUAGACUCUCUUAUCUUCAAACCUGAAUGUUGAAUCGCUGGUUGAAUCCAAAGCGAUCGGUUGUGUUUACUGAUUAUUACUCAGUACCUCACUGUCCUGUUGGUGUUCGUGUCCCAGUCACUUUUUCUCUGAUGGGAGAUUUAGUCUGCUUGUAACACACACCCACAUUCCCUCUGUGCUUGUUGGCAGCAGCAGAUCCCUGCCACAGCCAGACUUGCUGCUGCAGAGUGACUCAUCGCCCAUUUAUCAUAGCUGUGUAUCUGUAACACACAUACAGUACCCCCCAUUUGUCCCCAGCUGAUCCAGCACUGUGAUUUCUUUGCACACCCAAGCUUUAAGAAUGAGAGUGUUUGGAGAUGUAUGAUGGGUUUGUGCAGCAGUUAAAUGCCUCUUAUGUGUUUUUCUCACCAGGGAAUGCACAUGUUGAGCAGAAGACCACUCUGAGCCUUGGACAGCAGGCUGUAUCACUGAGGGACUCUCAUGACAGACUAAAAGCUUUAAGAAGAGUCACAUCCACAGCCCAGAUCCUCCUGGCUUACAGCAUGGUGAUGAGAGCUCUGUCUCAGACAGCCUCCAGGUAUGUUUGCCCGGCGUACAAUCUCGCUGAUAUAUAUUACUCACUGAUAUAUUUUGUCUUCAAGAUCCUCCCUCUCUUCAAAUUCUCCUCCUCUAGUGCGUCAGUGUGCAGCCAGUCUAAUGGGCUUGAGUCGCUGGGUCUGGCAGAUAUCCGUAUCCUGGUUCGGCUGAUGACUCUAGCGGCAGGAGGCAGAGCUCACACCUGUGUGGACAGACAGCCAGGUGUGAAGGGGCUGCCGACCGAGCGCAACAACUCCACCUGCCUCAGCUUCCUCUCCUCGGCUAUUGGCAGUGUGGUGUCUCACAGCCCCGCUGCUUACAGACAGCUGGUGGAGAUUUGCACUCAGGUCAGUCAGUCUGACAACAAAUAGUCAAUACUUUAUAUGAUGAUAAUAUUUAAAUCUACAUCAAGAUAAAUAUAUUAUCAUAGUUAAGAAGAGCUAAUUACACAUGACUGUGACUUCAAGUCUGUGCAGCAGAGGGCGCUAAUGAUACAGAAAAUAACAGUCCAAAACCAAUGCUCAUCAGAAUAAGCAAACACUAAAAACACCAUCAAAAUUUAUGUAUUUAUUUAUUUAUUUAUUUUUGCUUUAAUUGUUAUUGUUGUUUUGAAUAUUCUCAUUGGUUAUUAUUAUUUUUUUUUCUGUUUACUUUCUUGUGUUGCAGGCACAUGUUUGAAAAAAAUAGAAAAAAAAUGUUUAUCAGAAUAAGCAAACACUAAUAACAUAAUCAAAAUGUUUGUAUUUUUUAAUUUAUUUUUGCUUUAAUUGUUGUUAUCAUUGUUUUGAAUAUUCUCAUUGGUUUCGUUUUUUUUUUUUUUUUACUUUCUUGUGUUGCAGGCACAAUUACUGCAAAAUAAAGGAUUGUUGUUCUCAUGGGGCCAUUACAGGUCACUUAAAAAAAAUCUAUAUUUUCUGACAUUUUUUCUUCCGUAGGAUCUGAUGGCAGCAGCUACAGGAGUGAACAUCGGAGCCAUCACGGACCCACAGCAGAGAAGCUGUCUGAACUCCAGCCUAACAUCUGCAGUCCAAGGAACAGUCCAGCAGCAGAAAGAGUCCAACGAUCAGGCGCCUCCUACAUUCCUGGUCACUCAGAGUCUGGUGUCCCUGCUCACUGAAAAAGGUGUUCACUGUCACAGCUUAGAGAGGGUUGAACACGAGCCGAACGGUGAGACAAAGUAGAUCUCAGUCGUGGUGGAAGUGUAUGUCACUUUAUUAUAGCCUGUUUCUAAGUAUAUAUCUGUCUGACCUAGAUGCAGGAAAUCAAGGGGCGUCUUCUUCGUCCUUGCCUCCUUCCCCUCACCCCCAUCUGAGCACCAGAGUGGGCCCUCUGGAGCUGGCUAACGCUCUGGCAGCGUGCGUUCUUUCUGCCAGGCUGACCAACAAGCACCGCCAGUGGGCAGCUCAGCAGCUGGUUCAGGCUUUGGCCGCCACAGGACGGGACAGCCCUAAUCGCCCUCAGACAUACAGUGACCUGGCCGGUGAUCUGCGCAAAUGUCCCCUCAAGAGACUGGAAGGACAUUAUAACAAGGUGAAGCACUCACAUUGUGAUCUACAGAAAAAGAAACUGUAAACUUUCUAACAGUUUUUUCCUCACAUUAGGAUGCGUAGGUUCUUGUUGUUUGUAACUUGGUCUCUGGCACGGAUCAGUACUAGCAGGGACAACCUGUCAGGAGUGGAGACGUUGAAUAAAAAACAUAAUUAUUGAUGUUGUGUUCAGGUCACCAGCUGCUCCUGGAACAGUGAUCAGAGUUUGCUGGCUACCUGCUCUCAGGACAAGGUGGUACAACUGUGGAGCGUCAGUCAGAGUGCUGUGGAGUUACAGACCACCUUCUCCUGCAUCACCAGGUAUUAUCUGUUUGUUUCAGAAGAGAUUUUAAAAGCAUAUCUAUUUAUAUUAAAGGGUCAGGUUCAUCAAAACAAUUAUAUAACAAAUGAAGUAUGCAUGUAUUUGAUUUAAAAGUUCUUUUUUACUGUACUUGCUCACAGUUACAUGCAUCAGCCUCACUUAUUGCUAAAUAUCUAAAAUAAAUGAGAGUUUUCCUUGACUCUGCACUUAAAGUAGAACUGGGAUUACCUUCAUUUUCUGUGUUUUCCCCUCUAGUAAGGCGGACAGGUCGAGCAGUGAGAGAACCGGUAGAUGUCACCACAUGUCUCCUGUUUACUGGAGCACAGGUGGAAACUUUUUGGCCGCUCCAGAGAACAAACACAUCAACAUCAUGAACAUCAGGGGUAAGUCUGCGUGAAACUUUAAAUAUUACAUCCUUUAAGGUUAUUUUAAGGUUAAAUCUGCAUGUUUUAUGAACAACUCCAAUACUCACCCCAGAGGACAGUUUUCACUUUGACUCAGGCUAUUGAAAAGGGCACAGACUCAUGUCUGAAUCAUGUUUAGAUAUGUUUGUUUUGUUUUUUCUUUUAGCAUGGUACAGUUAUAACAUUUUUGGAUGCUGGGAUAAAGUGUGCCCACAGAUAGUGACUUUUGGAAGUGAUCUUGAGCCCAUGUGGUGAUUUCCACUACAGAGCCAUGUCUGUGAUGAAUGCACUGCUGCCUUAGGGUCCAAAGAUUACAACCAUUAGAUGUUGGUUUUCAGUCGCGUCCCUUAUAUACAGAGAUUACCCCAGACUCUCUGAAUGUUUUAAUCGUAUUGUUGACCUAAGAAGAUGAAUUCCCCAAAUGUUUUGCAAUUUUACACUGAGGAACAUUAUUCUAAUCCUCAUUUUAGCAUUACUUCAGAUAGACUUCGCCUCUCUGGAAUACUGUUUUAAUAAACAGCCAAGUCCCUGACUUAUUGUAAAUAAACUGAGUAGAUGUGAGAUGUUCCUCCAGGUGUUUGUUUUUAGCAUAACACAAGUACUGCUGGUGUCAAAAUUAGGAUGGUUAUGAAUAUAUAUUUGCAUUUUCAAAUUUAAAUUUCUCAUAUCGUAUUUUUACAUAAUUAAAUAUACGAUUGAAGUGAUUUGCAAGCCAUCAAAAUCUGUUUUGUGUCAACAUUUAUGUAAUGUUCCUCAAUAAGACGCCUGAUGAUUCUGGUUUUCUGUUCCCUGAAGGGUCUCACUGUCACGUAGAGCCUCAGGUGUCUCGGGUCACAGCCCUCUGCUGGGCUCAGGCCUUCAGCUUGUGGGCUCUCGAGCAGCCAGCUGCCAAUAAGAACAGGCCUGCUGAGAGCCUGCUGGUGGGACGACUGGACGGCUCCCUCUGCUGGCUGCAGGUCACACAGCAGGAGAUUGACCUGCUCGUAAAGAGCACAGAACUCACUCAUUGCUACAGGAAGGAGGGUGAGGACACUGCUGCACAUGCUGUUAUUCAGUUUCCAACAUAUAAUUGACAAGAUGGCCUUUAUGUUGAUAUUAGCAAGAAAACAUGUAGUAGUACAUUUCCAGAACUGUUAAACUACCUUCCCCUCUGAUCUCUCCUAGCCCCUCAGUGUGUGGCCUGGCACAGUGAGGACAAAGCUUUUGCGGUGGGCUACACAGGUGGAAAGAUACUUUUAGCCACAACAGAGACUUACAACAACGAUCAGCCUAUAGAGCUCUCUGUGUUCCAGGUUUGUCUCACAGUAGCAGUUUGCAAACACUGUAGCAUAAAAGUGUAUGAAAUUGUACCCCAUGUUAUUCUCUCUCAGGACGGUGUGACGUCUCUAAAGUGGGAUCCCACGGGACACCUCCUGCUCUGUUUGGGCAGGUCGGAGGUGGUGAAGAUACUGGGACGCUAUGGGGGCACCUGGGUGACCCUCCACUCCCUCAUUCACAGCAGCACUGUCAACAUCGCAGAGUGGUGUCCGCUGGCUGGAAGAGCUCCUGAUCCCAGGCUCAUGUUGGCCGCGUUAGUGGAUUAUUAUUUUUCCUUUUUUUUCUGCUGAAUCCUGCACAUCUCUCGUUAGGUUACUUUUCAGUCGGCAUCUAAAACUUAAAGGGAUAUUCAGGCGUAAAAUUGAUUUAGGGUCAAACACACCGUCAAGAGAUGAAUAUUGCCGCUCGCUUCUCUAGUUAUACCAAUUUUAGUAACGACCGCACGAUAACAAUACACAGCGGUCUGAGAAGCCACACACAAACCUUAACCAAAAAGCCACUCUAUAACCACAAAUAAUGCUCAGAACAGCAACUAACUUCAUCAACAGUACAUAUAGGGUCCUAGCCAUAGUACUAGCCACCAAACAUCUUUUAAACUUUGCCUAAUUUCUUUAGCAAAGAGACAAAACACAACUCACCUACUCUCUUCCAGCAGCCGCUUGUUUGUAGCGAGACCUCGGAGCAGCUCAAGGAGGAACAUUUAUGAUCAUUGAUGAUGAGCUGCGUCACCUGGCUGCAGUCUGUAAUGGACUGGUCUCGCUACAAACAAGUGGCUGCUGGAAGAGAGUAGGUGAGUUGUGUUUCGUCUCUUUGCUAUAGAAAUUAGGCAAAGUUUAAAAGCAGUUUUGUUUGUACUGCUGAUGAAGUUAGGUGCUGUUCUGAGCAUUAUUUGAGGCUAUACAGUGGUGUUUUGGUUGAGGUGUGCGCGUGGAUCCAUAGACCGCUGUGUAUUGCUAUCCUGCGGUAGUUACUAAAGUUGGUAUAACUGGAGAAGCAAGCAGUCUGCAACAUUCAUCUCUCGACGGGGUGUCUAACUCUGUGUUACAGUGUGUUUGACUCUGAAUUAAUUUUAUGCUGGAAUGUCCCUUUAACCAAAGCAACAGUAAAGUAUCUGGUCAUAACUGCAUGUAGGAUAUUUGUUCCUUUGCUCAAAUGAUUUUCCAUCAACAUUACUUCUCUCCAUGUUCCUGCAGUGGUUGUCAGAAUGGCUCGGUGCAUGUCUGGACAUUGCCACAGGGGGGUACCACUGUAUCUUUGCCCAACAUCCUGAACAGCCCCCCGAGCCAGGACAAAAGCUCUGAAGUCAAGGUCAGUGUGGAGCUGCUGCUGCUGCUGGGGUUUCAUAUCCACUGCGGAUUCUGCCUUCCUCUGUUCUGUUGAAAUAUAAAUUAGUCAGGAUUUUAUUGUUAAUGUUUGAUGUUAGCUGUUCUCAUUGAGUUUUUCUUUUUCUUUUUUACAACAGGAGAGCACAAAGUGUGUGUUCAUACUGCAUGGCCACAUCACAGCAGUGAAGUCUCUGUCAUUUUGCUCCAGUGGACUGGCUCUGGUCUCGGGAGGGAUUGGGGGACUGCUCAACAUCUGGUCCUUACAGGUCAGAAAACAGCUUCCACGGAAAAUAUAAAACCUUUACUUUGAAUAUUCUUAAAUUAACUGUUGGGAGUCUCAAUACAGAGUUUAAAUCUCUUUUUGUCUCUGUGCAGGAUGGUUCAGUUUCACAGACUGUUACAGGUUUGGGCUCAGUCGUCAGCAGUACUUGGAUACCAAAUUUGGGUGUAGCUGCCUGCUUUGGGAGGUCAAAGGUAAUUUGGAGCACUGAUCAAUUUGUAUGUCAUAAAACACAUGUCGGCUUGUACUUAAUCACUUGGUCUGAAAAGUUGUCCAGUAAAAAGUUACCAUAUUUUUUUGCCUGGGUCACUCGACACUUUCUUCCUGUUGCUUUUUCUUCCCCAGGAUGUGUUAUUGAUCUGCUGCACCCCUGACUGGAUCAGUCAGAAUCACAUACUGGCUUCCUGUCGGAUGGUCCUCAGAAGUCAGAACAUCCUGGGUCUAAAUCGGGCUCCUUGUUUGGCCGUCUUCCUGGAGCGGCUGCCCUUGCUGCUGCAGGAACAGCACAGCUAUGAGCGGGUCAUUACUGAAACUAUUAAAAAGUUAUUUUUGUGCCUCUUUUGUGAGACUCAGCUAAAACUUGAUUUUUGAUGACCCUCUCCUUAUGCAGAGCCAUGUGUCAGCCGGCGAUCAGCUCGUCCACAGUGCCUUCCUGCAGAGCCUGGCCUCCCUCGCUGUUGGGUUGUCCUUAGAGAAGCACCUGUGCAAGUUUCCCCGGCCCCCACACCACACUACUCCUGAGACCCACUCCUGCCCCUCGGAGUGGAGCUGGCUCUCCAUGUACGCCACCACUGUCCGCAGUGCUGAGGCCAUCGCCAGUGGUACUGCCUUCCCAGAAUCCUUCAUUGUCUCAGAGUUUCUGGAGGUGGAUGAAAAUGGACUCAUUAAAGCGUUGGUGAGCAGAGACAAUAAUCUCUGUGCUGUUGUUUGUCCAGAAAAAAAAUUGGAUGUCUUAUGAGUGGACAUCUGAGAGGAAACUUUUCUGUCUUUUCAGGACAACAGUAAGUGGAGCUUCAGAAUGGACGAACAGCUGAUGUCAUGGGCAACAACAAGACCUGAGGUAACGCUUCAGUGAUCCUUCAGAAUAAAAUGUUUCAUAAACGGCAAAAUAAAAGUUUUUCCUCAUAAUGAAAACCUUUUUUUGAUUAACCUGUUUCUGCAGAGAAAAAAGAGUAUGAUUUAGAGUCUAACCCGUUACAUAUUUUUGAUAGUCAUACUCAUAUCAAUUCAAGAGGCAGAGAGACCUGUUAAUACUGAUAUUUUGGCCUAUUAGUUGGGGUGGGAAUCACCAGUGACUUUACGAUAUGAUAUUAUCACAAUACUUGGGCCACGAUAUGAUAUUAUCACGAUACUUGAGCCACGAUAUGAUAUUAUCAGCAUACUUGGGCCACGAUAUUAUAUUAUCACAAUACUUGGGCCACGAUAUGAUAUUAUCAGCAUACUUGGGCCACGAUAUAAUAUUAUCACAAUACUUGAGCCACGAUAUGAUAUUAUCAGCAUACUUGGGCCACGAUAUUAUCACGAUUUUUGAGCCACGAUACGAUAUUAUUGCGAUACUUGAGCCAUGAAACAAUAGUAUUGCGAUACUUGGGCCACGAUAUGAUAUUAUCAGCAUACUUGGGCCACAACAUUAUCACAGUACUUGAGCCAUGAUAUGAUAUUAUCACGAUACUUGGGCCACAAUAUUAUCACGAUACUUGGGCCACAAUAUAAUCACGAUACUUGGGCCACGAUAUUGUCACGAUACUUGAGCCACGAUACGAUAUUAUCACGAUACUUGGGCCACGAUACGAUAUUAUUACGAUUUUUAACAUUUUGCAAAACAGUGAGUAUUGCGAUACAAUAUAUUGUGAUUUAUACAAUUUUUUCAACUAUUUAGCUAAUUUAGCAUUUGUCUUUCCUUUAUGUUUGUCUUAUUUACACAGUAUUUUAUAUUCAUGUAGCACAUCUUGCAAACCACUUGUGUCAGGUCCAUCUCAUUUGUGCCCUGUUUGCAUUCCCAAUGUGUUCCCCUAGGUGCUGCUGUUUGUUGUUCUAACUUUCUCCCGCUCUAUGAUGUUACCUCUGCCAACCUCACUGGACAAACAGUUGAUUUUAUUUUUCCAUUAUCAUAGAUUUGACUUCAUAUUAACAAUUAAUUUGAAAAAAAUCGAUACUUGGUCAGUGAGACGAUACAAUAUAUCACCAGACAAAAUAUCGGGAUACUAUGCUAGGUGUCUUUUUAAAGAACUAUUGCACAAAUAUUGCACAAAUAUUGCACAAAUUUUGCACUAAUGACAACAACAACAACCUAUUUAAAUGAGUGUAUUCUUAAACAAGUACUUGAAUACUGAAUAUCCAACAUAAUUAAGAUAAAGAAGAACUUUAUUCAUCCCUGAAGGAAAAUUCAGUGUGUGUCAAUUCUAUUAGUGAAUGCUCAGCUUUAAUUGACUACAGAUAGUGUCGAUUAAUUCUUGAUUGAUUCUGGUAAAACUACAUGACGACAUCUGUUUACAAAAUACCCAAUAUCAUCUUCUUCUUGUUAGAUAUAAUGAAAUAAAUGUCUUGUACACACAGCAGAAAUCAUACAUGCUUGUACAUAUAUGUCUGUAUCAGCCUACAGAUAUAUCUUUAAAUUUAAAUUUGUGUUUUUCAGGACUGGCAACAAGGCGGGAAGAGUGAGGUGUACCUGUGGGGAAAUGGGCGUUAUGGACAGUUGGCAGGGAUGGGAACUAACCUCAUGAUGCCUGCUCUCGCUCCGUCUCUGUUACAAACACAGCAGGUAGAAACUUUUCCUAGUCAUGGCACAGUCUCUGUCCUUUAUUGUUUGACUCAUUUUGUCCUGUCCUUUGUGGAUGUGUUUAUUGUCUCUCAGGUUGUGUGUGGACAGAACUGUACCUUCCUGGUCCAGUCCAAUGGGACGGUCCUGGCUGUAGGAGAAGGACAAUAUGGCAGACUGGGUCAGGGCAACUCUGAUGAUCUCUACAUCCCCACUAUUAUUUCUGCUUUUCAAGGUACAAAAACCAUCCAGAGGCCUCAAGUGGGCGCCGUUGUGCCAUAUUUUGUGACCAAUUUCAUUUCGAGCCUCUAUUUUGCUGCAGAUGUUAAGUUUAAUAUUUUAUCUUCUUGUGAUCUGUGUGUAGGUUAUGUUGUGACUCAGCUGGUCACGUCGUGUGGAUCUGACGGACACUCCAUGGCUCUGACUGAGACUGGGGAGGUCUUCAGUUGGGGGGAUGGUGAUUUUGGGAAACUGGGCCAUGGGAACAGUGAGAGGCAGAGGCGACCCAAACAGAUAGAGGCUCUACAAGGAGAAGACAUUGUUCAGGUAAACAUCGGAGAGUUUUUCGCUUUUAAACUGAAGUCAGGGUUGGUGUUAGGAUCAGCUGAUGUACUUUGUUGCCUGCCUGAACUAACACUCUUCUCAAUUUCUAUUUAAAUAAGUUUCACCCCCACAUUUCACUACAUUUUCUCCUUUAAUUUCCAGCUUGCUUGUGGUUUCCGGCACUCUGCUGUGGUCACUGCAGACGGAAAGUUGUUCACGUUCGGCAGCGGUGAAUCCGGCCGACUGGGUCAGAGGUCAACAUCCAACAAGAUGCUGCCUGAGAGAGUAGCUGCACUAGAAGGAUAUCAUGUGGGUCAGGUAAGAAACAGAUGUUUCCUAAAGACAGAUUUUGAACCAGUCCACACAUUAGAAAAGGAAAAAAUAAUUCAACUCUUUUCCAGGUGUCCUGCGGUCUCAACCAUACACUGGUGCUCUCUCUUGAUGGCAUGGUUGUGUGGGCAUUCGGAGAUGGUGAUUAUGGCAAACUGGGGACAGGCUCCUCCACAGCCAAAUACUACCCACAGGCAAGUGACAGAGUUGACCUGCUUGUUUCCCUGGAGGAUGCUGCUUUGAGUGUUAUGACUUAAUUUACAUUGAGCUCUUCUCUUUAGUUUUGAUGUUGUUGUGUUUUUUUAAUUCGUUCCUGUUUGCAGAAAGUGGAGCCGCUUUGCAACAAGGGAAUCAAGAAGGUCAGCUGUGGGACUCAGUUCUCGGUGGCGCUGGGCUGUGAUGGACGUGUUUACACAUUUGGACAAGGUAGAUUUGACUCUGACAGGGAAAUUGAAAAUGUUUCUACUGUGAGUUUUUUUUUUUUUAAACUGUGAUUAUUCAACUAAUUACAAAUCCAUUUAAAGGGAUAUUCCAGCAUAAAAUUAAUUUAGGAUCAAACACACCUUAACACCGAGUUGAGAGAUGAAUGUUGCUGAUCGCUUGCUUUUCUAGUUAUACCAGCUUUAAUAAGACCUCAGGCCAGUCCAUUACGGACUACAGCGGGGUGACGCAGCUUAAGGAAGAACAUUUGUGAUCAUUUUGUCAUUGUAAUGCGAUCAGACUGAGACGCUAAGGCAGAAAAACUACCACGUCUGCAGUGCAAAUGAUUAAUAUGGUGAUUAUUACUUAAAGGAAAUGAUACAGAAAUGAUCAUUAAUGUUCUUCCUUGAGCUGGGUCACUGCGAUGGACUUGCCAGAGGUCUCUCUACACAUAAGUAGCUGCUGGAAGAGAGUAGGUGAGAUGUGUUUAGUGUCUUUGCUAAAGAAAUUAGGCAAAGCUAAAAAGAUGUUUGGUGGCUAAUGCUGUGGCUAGGACCCUAUAUGUACUGUUGAUGAAGUUAGGUGCUGUUCUGAGCUUUAUUUGUGGCUAUAGAGUGGCGUUUUGGUUGAGGUUUGUUUAUGGCUCCUCAGACCACUGUGUAUUGCUAUCGUGCGGUUGUUACUAAAGUUGGUAUAACUGGAGAAGCAAGCAGUCGGGAACAUUCAUCUCUUGAGGGGGUGUCUAACUCCGUGUUAUGGUGUGUUUGACCCUAUAUUAAUUUUACGCCAGAAUAUCCCUUUAAGAUGCAAAUUAAUCACCUGGAAAUAGACUGAGCCCUCACUAAAACACGAUAGGACUUCAUCUCAAUUUGACACACAUAAAUCUCUGUUCUGAACUUUUUAAUUAAGAAAAUUUGACUGUUUCAAAAUGUACUUUUUCUAGACCUCAUGUACAGUGUUCAUCAUGCAUCAUGGCCAGUAAAUUUCACCCAUGAAGUAUUCAGUUGGAGAGAAACCUCUCUUCCUGAGAGUUGACGUCAGCUCAGCUCCUCAGCAUGCAGCUCAGACUGAACUCAGUUUUCGUAGUUUUGCUGUUUGUUUUUUGUGCACACUCGUGGCAGCAUCGUAUCAUCAGGCUCCCUCCUGUUUAUCCCUCAGAGCGUCUGAUCGGCCUGCCGGACUCCAUGCUGAAGAAUAAAUCCUGCCCUCAGGUGGUGCCGUCUCUGGAGGGGCUCUUCGUAGAAGACAUAGCUGUCGGCUGUGAGCAUGUGCUGGCCCUGUCCUCCACCGGAGACGUCUACGCCUGGGGCUGCAACAGCGAGGGACAGGUAACAAACAUCCUGUGUAAUAAACUCUACACAUUAACAAUCUGAAAUCUGCUCAUCAGAGGUCUGUCUCAUUUCUGUGUGUUCUAGCUCGGCCUUGGACACUCCAACCCUGUGAAGGAGCCCACUCUCCUAACAGCCCUCCAGGGGAAAAACAUCAGACAGAUCUCUGCUGGUCGCUGUCACAGCUCGGCAUGGACCACCCCCUCUACCUCCGUGAAGCACUCAGGUAUGCAUGCAGGUUCUCUUUACCGCCGUGAUCCAUGAAAAAAGGACACAUUUAGGACUCUGGUUCUGACUUUCAUCCCUAGGUGGCCCUGGAAACUUCCAGCUCGGCCUUCCCCAGUCAGUCCCCCCACAGUACAACACUCUGAAAGACUGCAGCCCCGAUGUCCUCUGCCUGCGCCUCAGGGUCCUCUACCACUUCUCUGAUCUCAUGUACAAGUCCUGGAGGCUGCUCAACCUCGAUGCAAGAAACCCGGUGAUCUUUAAUCCCACUUUGACCUUUUUUACUGAAAAUAAAAAAAACCCUCCUCCUCUCCUUCUUGUUAAUCAUCUCUGCAUCUACCCCAUUUUUCGUCUGAUGCCUCAUUUGCUUCCCUCUAAUUAAUUCCCCGUCCUCCCCGCUAUCCAGGUGUCCACUUCACGCUACAGUUCAGGGACGACAGCCAUCAUCCGCGGUGAACUCAGAGGCCUUUUAUCACCUAAGGUCAACACUCUGCCUCUGGUGCGCUCCAUUGGCAGGACAAUGACGCAGGGCAAAACAUAUGGGCCACAAAUUACUGUGAAACGAAUUUCCACAAGGUAAGGACGACCAGGAUGGCUUGUAUGUUGGCGGACUCUGUAGGUUCUUCUAUAUAGGUCAUGCGAUGUUUUUCUAAGACCUCUGUGUGGUAAAUGCAGUCUGUACAUUUUCACCUGUGCUUUCUCGCUCCCCUUUCACAGAGGGCGUUCCAGCAAGCCUAUCUUCGUGCAGAUCGCCAAGCAAGUGGUGAGUCUGAACCCCCUCGAGCUGCGACUCCCUUCCCGAGCUUGGAAGGUCAAGCUUGUCGGAGAGGGAGCGGACGACGCCGGAGGAGUGUUUGAUGACACCAUCACUGAGAUGUGCCAGGUAGGAAUCGAAGAGGUCUGAGAGCAACAGAGAGAGCUUUGAAAAAUCCUCUAUUUUUAAAGUGACACAGCACUUUGUGUUUGAUGCAGGAGCUGCAGUCUGGAGUCGUGGAGCUUCUGAUUCAUACUCCCAACAGCUUUGCAGAUGUGGGCUGUAACACUGACAGGUGCACACUUCACAGUCGUCUCCUCUUGAACAGUUUCUUUAUACUAAAACAUGUUCUGAAAUCAAAACUUUCUUGCACAUAUCUUCACAGGUUCUUACUGAACCCAGCUGCACUCUCAGAGGAUCACAUAGUCCAGUUUCGCUUUCUGGGCAUCCUCAUGGCUGUAGCUAUCCGCACGAAGAAACCCCUAGAUUUGCACCUGGCUCCUUGGGUGUGGAAACAGCUCUGCUCGAUGCCACUAGGAGGGCCAGACCUGGAGGAGGUGGACCUGCUCACUUACCGUACCCUGCAAGGCAUCCUUCACCUGGAAAACAGUGGCAUCACAGAAGAUAACUUCCACGUGGUGAGAUACGAAGCAAAUAGAGUUAAUAAUGACGACACACCAUCUCACUCUUUUUCUGAUCAUAACAUCACAACUCUUUUUUUAAAGAUGAUCCCGCUGGACUCGUUUAUGGCCCACAGUGCAGAUGGAAGGCUGGUUCCUGUGGUUCCUGGAGGGCAGAACAUUUCCCUCACGUUUGCAAAUCGGAACGAAUAUGUGGAGCGAGCUCUGGACUACAGGCUGCAUGAGAUGGACUCACAGGUUUGAGUGGUUUUCGACUGAUUUUAGGGCACGACGAGCUGCGACUAAAAAACCUGUGAGGGAGCUUCCACACGAACUAAUAUCAUUCACAAACGUCACAUAGUAAUGCUGCAUUUGAGUUACCUCAAUGCAGUCACCAGCGAGUUACCAGCGUUUCAGUUACCAAGUCGGAAAAAAGCAAACAAGAUAAGAGAUAAUCAUCGCCUUCAAUUUAGCUUUUUUUUACGACUUGAUAACUGAAACGCUGGUAACUCGGGUGUGAUGUCAUUUUCAGCUUCGACAUCUGACUUCCGAGGUAACUUGAAUGUAGCAUUACUCUAUUUCAUGAGUUAUUAGCAUUUGUAUGAGGACAGUAAUUGUCACUUCUGGUAUAAUGCGACAACUCUACCUCAGCUCUUUCUAUGUAAAAUGGAACAAUUUUACUGGAAUUGUCAAAAUCAUCCACACAAUACCUCAAAUAAUGUCCUAAAAAUCAGUAAUGAGAGGGUUUUUUACAAUAACAUUGCAGAUUGAUACUUUUGUAAGAUUUACCCAUAAAAAAGUUCUUGCAAUAAACUAACUGUGGCAUUUUGUCAUAUUUUCUGAGUACUACAAAUAAAAUUCCAGCUAGUAAUAAUCUAAAUAUUUCCAUUUUGCUAUGAAAGAAAAAGCUAAACAAAAAAAUAUUUAAACUGGCGGUCAAAUUUUUUUUUACAGGGUAUCUGCUGGGUCUUAAAAAGUCUUAAAACCGUCUAUAAUCUAAUAACUUGAAUUUAAGGCUUUAAAAUGUCUAAAAUUCUCUUAAAAUCUCACAAAAUUUCUUAAAUAGGAUUUUAAAAGGUCAGAACAUUUUUUUUACUCUACUUACAAAUAAAUAACAUGCAAAAGGAAUAAAGAUUUAUUUGAAGUGAUGUAAAAUGUUCCAAUUUCCCUCUUCUUCUUCAUGUCUUUUGUACUUUUUUGCCAGUAUGUGUGUUAAAUGGGUCUUAAAUUGUAUUAUAUAUAAAAGUCUGAAAUUUGACAUGUUAAAAAUAAAUAAAUUUGCAGGAAUUUAAAAAAAGAUUUGGUUAUUGAAAGUUGGAGAGCCCCUAAACUGCAAAAUGGCUCCAUGGAGGGUCUUUAUGAGCAUAAAUUGACAGUUUUUAACCUCAAUAAAUAUAGAUAAAGAUAGACUAGAUAUGUAAAAAAUAUUAGUCCAACCAAAGGCUAGGAUAAUAAUGGAUGAGUAAAACCUUAGUGUGGAUUCUUCUCCACUGUAUCUGAAAUCCUGCAGCCAUUGUAAACAACAUGUCAGUCCAUUAGUGUUGAGUCCAGAGCCUGCGUGCUGAGCUGUUGCCCUCCCCUUUAUCUUGCCCUCUGAUGUUUCAAAGUACCCGAGCUUGUUGUUGUUGUGUCGUGUCCAGGUGGCAGCAGUCAGAGAGGGCAUGUCCACCAUCAUCCCCGUGCCCCUCCUCUCCCUGCUGACGGCACAGCAGCUGGAGCAGCUGGUCUGUGGCCUGCCGGAGGUCUCGGUGGAGAUGCUGAAGAAGCUCGUGCGUUACCGUGACAUCACAGAGAGCCACCAGCUCAUUGGCUGGUUCUGGCAGAGCCUGGAGGAGUUCACCAACGAGGAGCGCGUGCUUUUCCUGCGUUUCGUCUCUGGCAGGUCCAGGUUGCCUUCUAACCCGGCUGACAUCACACAGAAGUUUCAGAUCAUCAAGGUUGACAGGGUGAGACCACGACUAACAGAGAAACAACCACUUCUGAAUGAGGAAACCAUUUUUAAAAGUACAAACAAGAUCAACAAGAGGGCUUGUCUUUAAUAAGACGUCAGGGAAGUCGUUGGAGAUUAUUUGGGAUAUAAAUGACACCAAUUACGCCCACAUUUUCUGGAGUUGCCAGGUCUACGCAGACAGUUUUAUAACAUAAAUGACAUCUUUAGCUCAUUCUUGUUCAGGAUGACAGUCUGUACCCACAAGAGUGAUUCUGCUUUAUGAGCAGCUUGUGGGCCACUUCCUAUUAGUGAAUCAGUUAUUAAAAGAAUAAUAUAUUAACUAAAUGUCACAGAAAGGUUUUAGAUUCCCUGAAGAAAAAUUUUUCAGGCUGUGGGGGAAGCGAAUUGAACCUUUAAUUGAACCCAGAUGCUUAGACUCUUUCAUUGUAAAAUCAAUUUUUAUCAUUUUUCCCCUCUACUUCUCCUGUAAUUCUUGUAGUAUUGAAGGUGAAAUCUGUUCAUUUAUAAAAAAAAAUAAAAGUUAAGGUACAAAGUCUUUUUUUAGAUAAAAUACCUGUCAGUAACACCAGAAAAGAUGGGAAUCACUAGUGGCCCCACGAAACAAUAUUAUCACAAUACUUGAGGCACGUUUUGAUAUUAUCACGAUACUUGGGCCACGAUACGAUAUAAGCAUGAUACGAUAAUAUCACAAUACUUCGGCAACAAUAUGAUAUUAUCACAAUACUUCGGCCACAAUACGAUAUUAUCACGAUACUUGAGCCACAAUACGAUAUUAUCACAAAACUUAGGCCACGAUAUGAUAUUAUCUCGAUACUUGAGCCACAAUACGAUAUUAUCGCAAUACUUGGGCCACGUUCUGAUAUUAUCACAAUACUUGGGCCACGAUACGAUAUUAUCACGAUACUUGGGCCACGAUACAAUAUUAUCACAAUACUUGGGCCACAGUACGAUAUUAUCACAAUACUUGAGCCACAAUAUGAUAUUAUCACGAUACAUGAGCCACAAUACGAUAUUAUCACGAUACUUGGGCCACAGUACGAUAUUAUCACAAUACUUGGGCAAUGAUACAAUAUUAUCACGAUACUUGGGCCACAAUACGAUAUUAUUGUGAUUUUUAACAUUUUGCAGUACAAUAUAUUCCGAUUUAUACAAUUUUUUUAACUGUUUAGUUUGUUUAGCAUUUGUCUUUCCUUUAUGUUUGUCUUAUUUACACAGUAUUUUAUUUAUAUGUAGCGCAUCUUGCAAACCUUAUUUGUUGUACCAAUUCUUCCUGCUCUAUGAUGUCACCUCUGCCAACAUCACUGGACAAACAGUUGAUUUUAUUAUUUCAUUAUGAUAGAUUUGCUAUGCUGUAGCGAUUUUUUUUUCUAUCACCCCUAAUGGUAAAUAUAAGACAGGUGAUCCUCCCAAGUAAAAGGAUGAAGUUUGAUAAAAACAGUAAACUGAUCUCUUUCUUUAUUCCUCAUCAGCCAAUCAAUGGCCUCCCCACUGCUCAGACCUGCUUCUUCCUCUUCCGCCUCCCUCCGUACACGAGCCAGGCCAUCCUCGCCGAGCGUCUGCGUUACUCCAUCCACAACUGCCCCUCCAUCGACAUGGACAACUACAUGCUGACGCACAACACUGACCCUGCAGACAGCUCGGACACGGAGGACUGAAGCAGCCGCACGUCAUCAACAGUGUGAUGAAUGUAACUUCUCUCAUGCCAUGCACAUUAUGCACUGAACACUGGUUUUUAUUUGCCAAACCUGUACGGUAGUGUACUGUUUCUAUGUGGGUUGACUUAAAGAUACGUGUAGUUCUGGGUUUUUUCCGACUGUGCAAGGUGUUGUAAUUAUUGCAGUGACAACUCUGAAUCAAAACUUCAGGGAUACAGACUAAGAUUUUUAAAUAUAUAGGUGAUGAAGCCACAAUAAAAGAGUUCAUGUGCCUGUUUGUUUGAAAAUAAUGUAAUAAUUUAUUGUCCUGCCGCACACAGGCAGUAUUAUGUAAAAUAAAGAGUGUUUAAAUAAGGA